UCUGGCUCUGGCUGCUCGGCGGUUUGGCGCCGGUGGAGGGAGUCCUUCGUGCGGCUGCACUUCCGGUCGGCAUUUUGUUCUGUGAGGGAGAAGCGGAUUCCCGAUCCCCGGAGCGCCGCGCGAACCCCCGGGACUCCUCCCCUCCCCCCCUCUCUCACCGGCGGCGCCCGCUGUGUGCUCUCCCCCCCUCCCCGGACCCCACCGGACCCGGACUCCCCGCUCCGUCUGACGGACACCCACCCGCCCGGGGCCUGCUGCUCUCCUCCGCCUCCCGACUCAGCUAGCGGCGGCGGCUCGGGUCACCCCGGGGGCUCUCGGCCGAGGAUCUCCUCUGGGCGGGCGGGCGGGAGGGGGCAGGCCCGGGGGAGGAGGAGAAGGGAUCGGCUCCUUCCCCGCUCGCUCCCCCCGUCUCUCUCUACAUGUCCGCCGCAGCCAGGCGGGAGAGGCGCCAUCCCGGAUUACCUGCCCGCGGUGUGUGAGGAGCUCGGGCCUUCCAGCAGCCGGAGGAGCCGCCCGGACCGGCUCAGGUAACCGCACGGAGCACGCCCCCCUCAGGGAGGGCCGGGGAUCCACUGCCAGGCUGCGAGGCCCAGCUAGGCCGCUGCCCAGACCCGGAUUACAGGCGGGCUGCGGGGGCGGCGUCUACCUGCUCCCCCAGAGCCGGCUCCCCAGCACCUAUCCCGGGCUGGGGGCUAGAGGUCACCUCGGGCCUGUGUCCUCAGGGUUAUUGUGUGUUUGGGGGGUCUCUAUCCUGGUGGUGGGCUCCUGGGUGGGAUGGUGGUGUGUGCAUGCUGCUGGCUGACUCCAGCCUACAAAAACUACUCAGUUUUAAGAGGUAAACUUGGAAACCCUGGAUCUGUUUGGUGAGGACAAAAUGCUGCCAAACUGUAUCCAUUAAAAAAAAAUAAAAAAAUGUCACGUUGUGUACAUGCACAUUUUUGGGGGUCUAUUCACUGAACAGCGAGUUUUAUUGGGACUUGAGAACCGAUUUGCACAUUUUCUUUAACAUACAUACAAUGUCAAUGUUUGAGAGAAAUGUUAAACCUUGUUACGUUGGAUUUUUCCCUUUUUUUUCUUUUUUUUUUUUUUUCCUUUGGCUCAGCCUGAAUAUUGUCAGUUUAUUUUUUUUAACAAGUCUGUUUUCAAAGUCACCACAAGUUGCUGUUUAGUGAAUAAACCCCGUUUGAAUUACCUGCAUGGUCCUAUUGUGGUCCCAUGCUGUGUAAUUAGGCUGCUUUUGAGAGUUGUAGUGAAUCUAAAACAUGUGGGAGCUGCAGUACAGUAGCGAGAGGAUUGUGAUUUGAGACCAAACCAGGUGAUUUUUCAUGUCACUUCCUUGGAAUUGAGAGAAAUUGACAGUAAUUGUUGUGUAUGCCAUAUGAAUAGGGGGGAUUAUCUCUCUCAUAUUUGUACAGCUCAGACUUCCUACAGAUUGAAAUUCCCUAGUUAAUUCUCCACAAUUCAUGGUUUAGUGAAUAAUCCCAAACGUGUGUAUUUAUCCACUGUAUGCAAACUACUAGAGAUUUAUGAGAACUGGAGGCCAUCAAAUGCAAGACUACAGUUGGACACCAUACUAUAUAGUAAUAAAUAAAAAUGGCAAGUUUCUGAAGCUGUUGUCUGGCUUGUAGAGGUUCUAGGGUCUCACUGAACGGCCAGUAUUGAAACUCAGGUAUUUAGGAUGUUUGUGAGGCUUAAUUAACUGCAUCACUUCAUGCUACUAUUUACUCUCAAGCUUCCUUGGUGGUAUAAUGCCCAUCCUCUUAAGUGAGCAUUACAAAAAAUUAAAGGAGUUGUGGUUUGACAACUGGAAAGGACUGCAGUAUGUGCAAAGUUGCAUCACACUCGAUAGGCAAUUCAUUACCUUGUUGAACUUGAUUUUUGGGUUAACACGCUAUUGUGCAUUUAGUUGGUCUAAGGUUAUGUGGGGAUUAUAAGAGAACUAACCAAACAGCUGGAAAACGGCAGACUUCUCCUGUUUGAUAACUAAAAUAUAUGUGAAUCUUAAUGUGCAGUGUGUUUUGUUUUCUUUUUCCUUUCCAUUUCAUAUUUGAUAAAAGGAACUAUUGUGCCUGAUGCAGAGGUGGGUGUGAUGAUCUCAUACCCAAACUGUUGCUCCUUCCCAGUCAGGGCAGUGUUUUUGAAAAAGCGAAUUCUUGUUAGUUUCAGAAACUGUUCAUAGGUAACAUUAAAUUCCAGUAUUUUGCAUUAAGUUAAUUCUUGAAUGUAAAUAAUAUGACUAUAAUUUUUAUUUGUUUAUGAUCAGUUUCUUUUUGGCAGCUCUUUUGAUGAUUUAUAUUUGACCAUAAACGAUUCAACCUAGUGACUGACAAGUGUGUGCUCCAGCUGUGUUAUGAAAUUAUGUAUGUAAAAAUGUGCCUGAGUUUAGUUACGUCUGUGUGUGUAUGUAUAGAUGUAUAAUUUUUUUUAUUUUUUUUAUUUUUUCACAGAUGUGUUUAGUUCUGCAUUUUAUUGUUAAAGUCAAUGGUUACGAAGUCACAACAUGGAAACAUAUGUCCAUUUCGCUACUUGGUAUUUGUGUGGUGUAUUUUAUGGUUACCCAUGAAUGAUACUUUAUUGUACAGCAUUGACACUUUUUUGAUUACAGUUUACCUUAUGCAUUGCGUAAACCCAUAUACGAUUACUAAACAUCCUUCCAAUAUAAACAAAAAAAAAAAAUUAAAUAGGUGACAGUGCAGUUACGUUUACUGGAUUUGAAUGGCAUUAUUGAGGUCUGGAUUUUUACACCCACUUACCCGAUGACCUGAAUAAAUACAAUAGCAAAGGGAGUAUUGGCUGAUAUUGAAAUCGUCUUAUAUUACAGGGCUGUUAAACUCGCUUGACUGAUAUACAGGAAAAUUGUAUGCAUUCUAGAGGUAGAAUCUUCGGGGUGGCUGUAUGUUUGUAACGUGCCAUUAUUUGUUGUGUACUCUGUGGUGUUUGUGCAGCAGUCGUGGGCCGGCAGAUGGUGUUAAUCACUCCCCACGGUUUUUUUUUUUUUUUUUAACACGCUGAGUGCCGCAGGGGGGCAUAAGUAGAUCCAUCUGGUACUGAGAACAUUGUCCUUCAGCAGUUAUAGCAUGGCUAACCUUUGGCACUCCAGCUGCCGUAGACUACCUUUCCCAUGAUGCUCAUUCAGCCGGUUUAGAGCUGUGAAUGGCUCGCUUAGCAUCGUGAGCAUUGUAAUCCGCUAAAGCUGGAUUUCCAAAUGCCAGAUGUCAAUAUUCAGCAGAGACAUGCCACUUUCUAGAUUAACACAUACACCAGCUAGGUUUCCCUCUAGAGAGUCUGGGGUUAUUUCCUCAUUUGGUUUUCCUAGGGUAAAUACUAUGUGUAUAGAUGGGGUAAUUUAGCGUAGUCCCUGUGUGGAUCUCCUUUAAUAGCAGCUCUUUAUGUACUUUCAUUAGGAAGAGGCUUAUGACAUUGCUUGCUCACUUCUCAAUGGGACGCAGUCUCCGCCCUGUUAUCAGUUUGUUUUCCGAGUCAGUACAGUAAUUUUAAUGUGUGGUGACACACACGGCGUUACUCAUACGUUUUAGGUCUACCUUGCUUUUUGUGUUUUUGUUUGUCCUGGUUUUGAAAUGUUAAUAGACAGCCCCCACCCCCGUCCCCUCCUCCGUAACCCGGCCUCUCUCUCUCUCUUCCUGGGUGUCUCCUCCUUCCAUCUCUUUAAUCUGCUUGUCUUUGUGCUGCCUGUUCCAGCUGGGCUUGCCGAGGCCUUGGGCCUAAAUAUGUACCUAUCUGCAUCCAAAAGAAAGCAGCAGCUGCAGGGCCACCCCGUUAACUGUUUAGCCGCCAGAAAGCGGAGGUGACAACCUUGUGAUCUGCGUUAGUGCUGGCCACUAAGGGGUUAUGUCCCUUAUAACCCUCCUGUCCCUUGCCCUGCCUCUCCCCGCCCCGUGCAUUCCCAGAGCGGGUCCUGGCUGGGCUCCAAGUUGACGAAAACAGCAAAGAGGAAGCCCUGGGAAAGCAUUAGCUCUCCUCCCCUACUACACAUCCUCCCACCUCUUCCCCUAUAGACUCGCUGCUCUUUGCAUCAUCAGUAAGCGACGCGGGACUGUGAUGUGUCGUGUGAUGGGAGGAAGGUUGGUUCUCCUUUGCCUCUUAUGUGAUCUGAUCACGAGUUCACGGUGUAUAUGAGGUGUCUUCUCAGUGUCCCGACACUUUCCCUCUCAUGCCCGUUGUAGUCACUGUUAAUUCCGGGUACAUCUGUGCUGUCUAUUUUGCUCCCUAUAUACCGAUAACACAAAUACCAAAACUUUAUUCGUUUGUUGCCUUAAUGUUGUUUGCAUUUGGAGUAACGCAGUUUCCUUAUUGGUGGGUAAUUUUAGUGUCAUUGCCAAUACAGUAAAUGAACACAUUCUCUCUUGUUUGCUGCCUUAGAGAAAAAAUAAUAUGCUUGACACAGUAUUUGUUUGUGUGUUUUGACAAUUUGAAAUUCUGGCGUUUAGAAAGCAAUGAAUGUUAUUGCAUAUUUGUUAUGGAUUGGCAAAGGUCUAAAUGACAUUCUAUGUACAGCUACAGAAACAAUUUAAUGGACAAAACAAUGUUUUAAUAUAAUAGUCAAAAGAAUCUCAUCCCUACGUUUAGUAUAUGACAGGAUCCUUCAGUCAUAUACAUGCACCUUGGAUCAACCAGUGUUUGAAAAUUCAUAAUACACUGUGCAGUGAGUGAAUGCAAGGUAUGUGUCUGAAUGACCUUAUCAUAUACUAUAGGUAGGGAUGCAUUGUUCUCAUUUUUUGCAUAUAAUUAAAAAAAAAAAAAAAAAUCUUUCCUUUCCUAACUUAGAUGAACAGAUAAUUAAAAAAUAUAUUUUUGCGGUAACAGCCGUACUUUGCAACUGCUUCUAUUUAGUUUGCAAUCACAAGUCUAUUUUCCUAAAUCAGAUUAAAAAGCUUAUCUAUUGAUUUUUUUAUUUUUGGAAAAGAUUUCAAACAUUCUUGGCCAUAAUCUCCCAAGAUAUUUUCAUGUUUUGAUGGGAGUAUUACAUUUCCAACUAAGUAUUUUGUUGUUCUAGUAUAUGCACCAUCAACCAUUUUAAUUAAUAGGACACUCCAGACCCCUAAAGCACUUUAGCUUUCUGAAAAGCUUUAUGGGUAAAGAGUGUCCUUUUUUAUUUUACACAAAGUGCAGCUUUCACUUGAAAGUGACACUUUUAUUCAUUUACAGAGUUGUACUCCUCCACUUUCAAGUGUGGUGUGUCCUGGCUGUAUGUGGUGUGUGUCCUGGCUGUAUGUGGUGUGUGUGUGUGUGUGUGUGCGCUCGCAAACACUGAUUUACACACACAAACUAUACAUUCUCUGACACACACACCACAGAUUACCAGAAGCCUGUCCCAUGCUGUCUUGAUAUUCCCUUGGGUUAUUGGGUAUACCUUUUUCCAUGAUUCACACACAGAUGAGUUUGUUGGUGACUGCACAUAGAGACUUAGGAAACAUAUUUCAACAUCUGAAGGGCACUGUACCCAGAUGGGGUCUGGCCCCUCCACAAACAACAGUUUUAUUGUGUGAGUUAGCAUUAUACCUCAUCCACUCAAGCCAUAGAUUAGUAUCUGAAAACCCGGUCUCCACAGCCAUAGUGUCUUCAAACGUGGGAUUAGCAAUAGCUACCAUGUCUUUAAGGGUUUUAAUGUGUGGUUUUAGGGGGUUAAUCGUCAUAGUGUGCGCAGAGUCUACCCAGUCAGGUGACGUAAGCAUGUCUUGUAAAUAGAAGGAACCCAACUUGUUAUAUGAGCCACCCCCUUUCCAAUACAUUCCCAUUACGUACUCCCCAGCGUCCCCUGGGCUGGGAUGUUCUAUGUUUAAGGUGAGUUUCAUUGGGGUAGACCCUGUUGGCUUACAUAAGGUCAUUCUGUGUAACAAGGGUUUCCCAUAUCUGUGAAUCCUAUCUAAGGCACUUUGUGGUCUGUAGCCCACGGUUGGCCUGUGUUCCAACCCGCUACUUUCCAGGUACCACAGUGGUGUCCCCAAUGGCCACCUGUCACACAAAUGUAGGGGUUCUUCUUGUUUGGUAUGUCUUUGUAUAUUGCUGAGUGUGAUUGCGGAAAGGUACAAGGAACAAUAUCACAGUAAUCAAAGGUAAAAGUAGCUACAUGUGUGUUUGAAGAGUUAUUCAAGAAUGUAUAAACAUGAUUGUCUUUGGUAAUAGCAACUUGUUGGGCCUUAAAUAGGUCUAGCAGCAAAAAUAGGCACAGGAAGCUCAUGGUUUGGCGGAAUCUGCUUCCUCUGGAUCAUGAACUUUCUUACAGUGCGAGGCGUGUAUCCAGGUACUCUUCCCGGCCAACUUUACAGAGGUAGACGUAGUCAAUAGCACUUGGAAUGGACCAUCAAACCUGGGCUCAAGGGUAUGUUUUUUGAGGAACUUCUUGACCAUCACCCUUACGUCAAGGCUUAUGUGUGCCUGUAUUUGACUCUGGAUCUGGAAUAGAAGAAAACACCUGUGCAUGGAUUUUGGUCAAGGCAUGAGAGAGAGCAGUUAUAUAGUCUACCAUUGCAUCUGACUGAAUUUGAAGCUGCUGAGGAAAAUAACAGCCUAACCUGGGUGCUGUACCAAAUAAAAUCUCAUAGGGGGAUAAGCUAAAUCUCUCUUGGAGUGUACCUUACAGUAAAUAGUGCCAUGGGAAGACUUUCCGGCCAGGAUAGGUUAGUUUCUUAGACUAUCUUAAGCAUUCUGGCUUUCAAGGUGCCAUUCAUGCGUUCUACCUUACCACUUCUCUGUGGGUGAUAGGGUGUGUGGAAUGCAAGGGUCACUUCCAGUGCUGCCCAGAUUUCUUUGGUUAGUAAGGCGGUGAAGGAGGUUCCCUGGUCCCUUUCGAUCACCUCGGGAACUCCAUAUCUGCAGAUUAUUUCGGUAAGUAGGUGCUUUGCCGUGGUCUUGGCAGUGAGAUUAGCUACUGGAAAGGCUUCUGGCCACCCUGAAGACAUAUCCACUAUGACCAGUGCGUAUUCAUACCGGCCACUGUUUGACAUUUGGAUAUGAUCAAUUUGGAUCCUCUGGAAAGGGUACUGUGGUUUAGCUAAAUGGUUUGGUGCAGCUUUAAUUAUUUUCCCGGGGUUACAUCUGGCGCAGAUAGCACAGGAUCUGCAGUAAUUUCGUGUCAGAGUGGUGAUUCCGGGAGCUUCAAAAUAUUUAUCAAAGAGUUCAUGAGAUUUUUAGAUAAAUGAGCUGGUCCAUGGGCCCACUGGAUACAUGCUCUUGGGUAGACAGAAUUUGAGGUUGAUUGUGUAUACUUCAUUCUGGAGGGUUGCCCUUUUCUUUCCAACUGAAAAGGGCAAACCUCCAGAGAAGUGGCUGCGGCCUGUUGUUCUCUUAGGAGCUUGAGAUCGGUGGGUAAGGUCUGCAUAAUGUAAAUCGGAGCCUUUUCAAAGGGCACUCUUCUGUCCACUUCCCAACACUUUCGCGCCGCAUCCUUAGCAGUCUGGUCGGCUACGUGGUUGCCAUGUGCUUCAUCUGAAUUAAGUCUCCCGUGGGCCUUUACCUUCAGUAUGGCCACCUCUUCAGGAAGCAGUAAAGCGUCCAUCAAUUCUUUGAUAGCUGCGCCAUGUUUCACAGGGGUACUUGUUGCUGUGAGGAACCUGGUAUUCCAGAUUAAGCCAAAAUCAUGUGCCACGCCCAGAGCAUACCUUGAGUCUGUGUAAAUAUUAACACGCUUCCCUUCAGACAUCUUGCAUGCUACCGUGAGGGCUAUUAGUUCGGCUUCUUGUGCUGACUUAGACGAUGGAAGUGCAGAUGCUUGGAGUAUUUGGUCUUCCGUGGUGACUGCAUAUCCGAUAUGAUAUUGUCCCUGUUCAUCUGCGAAUCUAGAACCAUCCACAAACAGUGUGUAGUCAGGGUUGGAUAGAGCAGCCUCGUGCACUGUUGGGAGAUGGGUUGUUUCCAUUUUCAUCUAUUCAAAGCAAUCAUGAGGGGCAAUGUUUCCUUUGGAGUCACAAAAUAGGUCUGUUAGUGUAAUGCGUAUUUCUACCAGGCUGAAAAGUUCUUCAUAGUAUGGGUCAGGACCUGGGGUGCUCUUGAACCACAGGGUGCAAUGUAAGUAGCUCUCGGGCUGUUCAUCAUGUGGAACCGCAGGCUUUUUCACCUGAAGUUCCAUAUGAACGUCAGGAUUGAUGUCCAGACUGUACCAGUAUUGCGGUACUCCCCUCUUGGGAAGUGGCAGAAGAGUGGCUGGGUUCAAUGAGUAACAUCUUUGUAACGUAACAUUAUCAGGCAAGAGGAGGGAGGUCUGAAGGCGGAGAUGUCUCUGAGGAGAGAUGUUUUGGCUGGCCUUGAUUCAGGAUUGCAGCGAUAUCAUGUGGAGCAAGGACUGUUUAUGUCCAAGAACAAAGUCAUUAGUUUUGUCCAGCAGGGCACUGGCAGCAAAAACAGCACGCAAACAGGAGGAACCACCCCUAGCCACGGGGUCUAGCAGGCACGAGAAGUAACCAAUGGGACUUUCACGGUAACCAUGUGAUUGAGUAAGGACCCCUGAAGCAUGGCCCAUCUUUUCUGAAACGAAAAGCUUGAACGGUUGCUGAUAGUUAGGCCCAAGGCAGGGGCAGAGGAGAUGGCUCUUUGAAGGGCAUGGUAACAGGUGUGAGCUGUAUCUGUAUCUUUGCGAGAAAGGGGGGUUAAUAAUUGGACCUGGCCAUCAGCAGUGAAAGAGAGGCUUGAAGACGGGACAGAACAUAAGCACCUAAAAGGUUAAUUGGACAAGUGGAAGAAACAACAAAGCGUGAGAGUAUGUCAGAACCCAUUCGCAAGAGCUUAGUUAAUGGGUUGUUUCUAGGGGUGCCAUCGACACCAACACAAGAGACAUCUGUGUCGGAUAAGCAAGAUGGGUCAGGCAGGUCUUGUUCUCUGAGAACACUGAGGGCUGCACCUGUGUCAACUAAAAAGGUAGUAGGAUGACCCUCUACUGGUAGGACUACUGUAGCGAGAGGCCCCCCUUUGUCCCCUGUAGACACUGCCAUGACAGGGGUGUUAGACACAGGUUUGCCAGUUACCUAUUGCACAAGGUCUAGAUGAGAUUGAUCAGGGCCAGUGUAGUGACGUGUGGUUGUGGAGGAGUGACAGGCCUGAUGAGUCUGGCGUGUAGGGCGAUGUUGACUGGGUACAGGACGGUCAUCUGGUUGGUAAUCAUCUGUAUCAUAACUAUCAGGGGAAAGGUGAGCAUAGCUGCGGGUAUCAGCUGGAGAAGGUUGGUAGACGGCUUGGGCGUAUUCUAGGCAUUUUACGAACAUAAAUUGAGUUAAUAUUUUUGUCCACAACACUCUCUCUGCUCAGCACCAACUCCCUCCAAGGCAACCCUGUCGCUUGCCUGCUGCAGGGCUGAAAGAAUUAAAAAAUGAAAUAAAUCUCCCUGCCUGGCACCCGGAACUGCAUGUCCCAGGCGUUGGGGCGAUAUAAAUUCCACAACCCUGUUAUUAAAGGACCACUAUAGUGCCAGGAAAACAUACUCGUUUUCCUGGCACUAUAGUGCCCUGAGGGUGCCCCCACCCUCAGGGACCCCCUCCCGCCUGGCUCUGGAAAGGGGAAAGGGGUUUAAACUUACCUUUUUCCAGCGCUGGGCAGAGAGCUCUCUGCCUCCUCUCCUCCUCCGAUCCGCCCUGUCGGCUGAAAGCGCACGCGCGGCAAGAGCUGCGCGCGCAUUCAGCCGGUCGCAUAGGAAAGCAUUUACAAUGCUUUCCUAUGGACGCUGGCGUGCUCUCACUGUGAAAAUCACAGUGAGAAGCACGCAAGCGCCUCUAGUGGCUGUCAAUGAGACAGCCACUAGAGGAUUUGGGGGAAGGCUUAACCCAUUAAUAAACAUAGCAGUUUCUCUGAAACUGCUAUGUUUAUUAAAAAAUGGGUUAACCCUAGCUGGACCUGGCACCCAGACCACUUCAUUAAGCUGAAGUGGUCUGGGUGCCUAGAGUGGUCCUGUAAUAUAAACAUGCUCAUGUAAUUAAAAAAAAAAAAAUUCCAUUAAAACUUGGAACCGAUAGGGCGAACAAGCAACAGUCUGAAUUUUCAUGAACAAGUUUUUAAAUUGGAAAACGAACAGAGCUGAAGCAUAUCUAAAACCAGCUUGCAAAUGCUGCAGAUCUCACCCUUUAUCUCUAGUACAGACAUUCAGUCUGUAAUAAGUACAGCUUCAUUGAGAAGGCAAGGCUGUGUUAACACAACACACCUGCACUGCAACUUUCAUUAGCUCAAUAGAGCUAACAGAAGUUAGAACGCCCCCCAGCCAUGGAGAUGUUUCUGCUCCCCAAUAUAAAAGUGCAGAUUUAUAUUGAAAUCAGUAUUUUUUUGUAAACUCUCACAAAUGUGACAGGCUCCAAACUAAAUAUGUAGCAUUUUUGAAACCAUGGAAGAAAGCAGGUUAUUUUUCUUUCCUUUCCAGGUCAUUUUGUUUCAUUGGGGACCUCAAAUACGGUGUGCAUAACAGUAUUAGGCUUGAAAUAAAAGUACAGUUCACUACAUAACAAAAUUUGGGUGUCAAGCUGAGACCCAUAAGUAUUUCCUCAUUUGUUAAAUUAAAGCUCUUUAGUAGUGAGCUUUCUCAUAGAGAAGCAUUAGCCAAUGUUUCCAUAUGAGAAUUUUAUUUAAAGCAGCACUGUCAUUGUUGGAGGUCUUUGCAUAUUACUCAAAGAUGGUGACAGAUCCGCUUUACUUGAAAACUAGUGAAAUCUCAAUGCAUCCUUCCUGGUAAAAUAUUUUAUAAAUAAAUAACAUCAUUGAAAUGUAGUUAUGUUGCCCAGAGGUCCCUGGCGCUUCCAUAUUUGAAUGGGUUGAACGUUCUUGCACACUUUUACAUCAAACGUUGCUCUACAGUGCCUCAUUUCAGUGUCCCCAGCUGCAUCCGUUUUUUUUCAGCCAAAUUUCAAGAAGCGUGGAGUGCCACCGAGUAGGGUAGAGCAGUAAGUUGCCUCAAUGCUCACGCAGAGCGUGAGGACAUCCAACAUCAUUUAGGCGACCCAGAGUUCAGUAACCUCCCGGAAGCACCUCUGGUAGACAGCCACUAAGUAAUGCAAUGUAAAAAUUGCAGUUUUUCUGAAACUGCAGAGGUUUUUUUUUUUAUUUUUAUAUAUAGUAUCUCUGUAUGCUGCCAGGUUGUAAAUUAAACUUUGUUCACUCAGUGCUGAUGGUACUGAGCUGUGUGUAUACAUUUGAUAUGAAAGUCUUUCCAGCAUUGGGCUGUGUGGCUAAAGAGACAGUAUUCUGCAGAACAUUUAUUUUUUUUUGUGUGCAAAAACUAGAAAGAUUUGCACAUGCACAAAUAGUUCUAAUGAGGCCAAUAUUUGUCAAUUGCAUUAAAGGACUUAGUUUCAGGAUAUAGCAAAACACCUAACUUUUAUUUAGCGUAAAAUAAAAAUAUUCAGUUUUGUAAAGGACAAAAAUUAUUUAUAUAUAUAUAUAUAUAUAUAUAUAUAUAUAUAUAUAUAUAUAUAUAUACACACACACACACACAAUUAAAUAUAUUAUUAAAAUACUUAAAAUACAAUUAUAUAAUAAUUUAUAAAAUAUUUUACCAGGAAGGAUACAUUGAUAUUUAGUUUUCAAGUAUGUCCUGGGACCACAAACAUUGUUACAAUAGUGUACAGCAUAAUGUUAAAAAUACAAAGUAGUAUUAAAAUACACUGUAUAAUAUUACAAAUACAAAGUAAUAUUUAAAUAUACAUGUCCAUUUAACACAGAACAGGUAAGAAAUAUAAUCAACUAUAAUUACAGGUGCAUUCUGUACUGAGAUAUGUUGACAGGGAUCUUUUAAAGGAUUUUAGUGUGGAGGAAGAUUUAAUUGUGUCCUGGAGGUUGUUCCAUACUUGCGGUGCUUCGUAGGAAAAUGAUCGUGCUUUCUUUUUGUAAUUCAGUAUAUUAAAGUGCUGGUACUUGAUCUAUGUUUAUAGGAGGUGGGAAUGGACAGGGAAAGCAUUCUACUCAAGUAGGGUGGGAGCUCCCCAGAAAGGUCAUAAACCCAAAGAGGGAGGGUGCAUCAGGAUUCCAGCAAUAGCCAGUUUAGCUCUCUUAACAUGUCAUGGUGGGACAUGUAAUUACAUUGUAACACAAAGUGGGCGAAGAGUUAUACAUCAUAGUAAGUUUAUGAUGAUGGGUUUGCGGCACAGGCACAUACACUACAUCCCCAUAUUCAAUAACAGGCAUUGGCAUUUGUUGCCUAAUCUGCUUCCUUACUGCAGGGCUUAGGGAGGAUUUAUUUCUGUACAGGGCACCUACUCUUGGAUAAAGUUUUGAUGAGUUUUUUUCCAAUGUGGAGGCCAAAGAUAGAUUGGGGUCUAGCAACAUACCUAGAUAUUUGAAAGAGUGAAAUGCAGUCAGUGUAAAUUAAAUUCUUUCUGUUUGGGUUGUCAGGCAGGUCCCUCAAUCCAAUAUACAAUAAAACCACAUAAUUUAUGUAAAAAUAAUACAGGGCUUGACAAAUCAGAGACCGCCAUGGCGUCCAGGAAAUAAGCCCUGGCGCCGGAUAUUUGUGAACCCGUUAAAUCCGAGGUGGACUGGCGGCCGGAUCUGCAUUUUGUACGCUAACAGCGAGGGAGCUAUGAUCUCCCUGCUCUGAUCCCUCACUCGCUGCUUAGUCUGUCAGUGUGUGUCUGUGUGUAUGUUUAGGUGACCAACUACCCCCUCCAAUCACGUGGGAAUGGUGUUUAUACUCACCUUUAUUUCCACGCCGUAUUGGUCUUCCCGCGGCUGGCCCCGCCUUUAUGGCUGAGAUGAUCAUACUUGAUUAUCUCUGCCAAUCCAAUGCUUUCCUGACCAGCUAUUGCGCAUGUGCCGCAAAACGCUAUGACAAUCAGCAUCUCUGCUGCUGCUGGCUAGGUCCAUGAUCUGCCUGCUUGGCUGACCUCAUCAGAAGUGUUGAUCUGAGCCAAUCACAAUGCUUUCCCGUAGAAUCAGAUCAGAGGCAGAGCCAGCAGAAGCCAAACACAGCCCUGGCCAAUCAGCAUCUCUUAAUAGAUGCAUUGAAUCAAUGUGCUACUCCGCAGAUGUGGCCAAAAUAGAAAAAAAAAAUAAGUUAGCAUUUAGUAAUUAUAAAAAACCCAGAUUAAGGAAGACAAGACCGAUCUAUAAGAUUAGGCAGAAAGAGGCUAAGCAAGUUAUAAGAGCCUCCAAAGCACACACAGAAGAGAAAAUAGCACAGUCAGUAAAAAAAAAAAAAAAAGGGACAAAACUUUUUUUUUAGAUACAUAAAUGAGAAAAGGAUAGAUUAAAAACAAAAGGAAGGUAUGUAAAAGAGGAUAAAGGUCUAGCUGCCUCAAUUAAUAUUUUUAUUCAGUAUUUACAGAUGAAAAUGAAGGAAAGGGGCCUCUGUUAGGAAAAAGGACAAAUGAGUCAUUUGUUACAUGUGAGAGGAAGAGGUUCUAUUUCAACUGUCAAAAGUAAAGACAAAUAAGUCGAAGGGGCCUGAUGCGAUACACCCAAAGUUAUUAAAAAAACUUAGUGGUGUACUAGCAAAACCAUUAAUGGAUUUAUUUAACCAAUCAUUGUUAACACGAGUAGUCCCAGAAGAUUGGAAAUUAGUGAAUGUUGUGCCCAUUCACAAGGUAGGUAGUAGGGAGGAGUUGGGCAACUAUAGGCCAGUAAGCCUUACUUCAGUAGUGGGGAAAGUAAUAGAAAUCAUGUUAAAGGAUAGGAUUGUUGAACAUCUAAAAUCACAUGGACUUCAAGAUCUGAGACAACAUGGGUUUACUUCAGGGAGAUCAUGCCAAACUAAUCGUGUUGAUUUUUUUGUUUGGGUAACUAAAAUAAUAGAUCAGGGUGGUGCAGUAGAUAUUGCUUACCUAGAUUUCAGUAAGGCUUUUGACACUGUUCCGCAUAGAAGGCUCAUCAAUAAACUGCAAUCUUUAAGUUUGGAUUCCAAUAUUGUUGAAUGGGUAAGGCAGUGGCUGCGUGACAGGCAACAGAGGGUUGUAGUCAACAAAGUAUAUUCGAAGCAUGGGCUUGUCACCAGUGGGGUAACUCAGGGAUCUGUACUUGGACCCAUUCUCUGUAAUAUUGCAGAAGGUCUUGAUGGUAAGGUAUGUCUUUUUGCUGAUGAUACUAAGAUAUGUAACAGGUUUGAUGUUCCAGGAGGGAUAAGCCAAAUGGCAAAUGAUUUAGGUAAACUAGAAAAAUGGUCAGAGUUGUGGCAACUGACAUUUAAUGUGGAUAAGGGCAAGAUCCUUGGACAUAAAAACCCAAAGGCAGAGUAUAUGAUAUUUGAUACACUACUAACCUCAACAUCUGAGGAAAGGGAUUUCUGAGUAAUUAUUUCAGAUGACUUAAAGGUAGGCAGACAAUGCAAUAGAGCAGCAGGAAAUGCUAGCAGAAUGCUUGGUUGAAUAGCAGUAGAAAGAGGGAAGUGCUCAUGCCAUUGUACAGAACACGGGUGAGACCUCACUUGGAGUAUGGUACGCAGUACUGGAGACCGUAUCUUCAGAAGGAAAUUGAUACUCUGGAAAGAGUUCAGAGAAAGGCUACAAAACUGAUUCAUGGAUAGCAGGAUAAAACUUACCAGGAAAGGUUAAAGGAUCUUAACUUGUAUAGCUUGGCAGAAAGAUGAGACGGGGCAGGGUGGGGGAUAUGAUAGAAACAUUUAAAUACAUGAAUGGAAUCAACACAGUAAAGGAGGAGACUAUAUUUAAAAGAAGAAAAACUACCACAACAAGAGGACAUAGUCUUGAAAUAGACGGGCAAAGGUUUAAAAAUUAUCAGGAAGUAUUACUUUACUGAGAGGGUAAUGGAAGCAUGGAAUAGCCUUCCAGUUGAAGUGGUAGAGGUUAACACAGUGAGGGAGUUUAAGCAUGCGUGGGAUAGGCAUAAGGCUGUCCUAGACUUAAGAUAAGAUAAGGCCAGGGACCAAUGAAAGUAUUUAGAAAAUUGGGCAGACUAGAUGGGCCGCAUGGUUCUUAUCUGCCGUCACAUUCUAUGUUUCUAUGCAGUGCAUCUCUAUGUGGAAAGUGUGUCUCCAUGCAGAGGGUGGAGACACUGAAUGGCAGUGCCACAGCACUGCCCCAGGAAGCACCUCUAGUAGUCAUAUGAGAAUUGACCAGUGGAGCUAUCCCUAGGCUGUAAUGUAAACACUGCCUCUUCUCUGAAAAGUGUGUUUACUGCAGAAAGCCUAAAGGGACUGAUUAUUCUAACCAGAACAAAUACAAUAAACUGUAGUUGUUCUGGUGACUAUAAUUUAUCUUACCUUUUUAGAUUUUAAUCACUAAAAAAUGUUUCAUAUAUAAAUAUUUGAUGUGAAAUUAAAGCUUUUUCUCCAGAAGAAAAAAAAUAUGUAAGUGUGGGAGUACUUCAUAUGAAAGGUAAAUUAAUUAGGUUGAACAGACAUAUAGCUCAAAUUCCACCUUUUGUUUUGGUUCAGAACUUGUACAAUUGCCUCUGUCCUUAAGGGGGGUUAUUUCUAAACAUUUGUCAUCUGUGUUCUAACAAUCAUCUGUGUUAUUAUGCAUACGUUGGAUCCUUCAACUUUACAUACAUAACCUUUCACAGGGCAAUGUGUGCCACCUUUUGUUUGUUUUACAGUACUAAAAGGUUGAAUAAUGUGAAGUUUUAACUUGCAAGUUCCUUUCUGGAUAUGUUUAACAUUGGCUGAAGUUAUGUUAUUUCAGGUCUGCAUACCCACAUCAAUACAAUAUUUAAAUAGUGAGUAAUCUACCAUAUGGGUCAAAUAAUGAUUGGAUAUAUAUUAUGUAUUACUCAGUUUUGUAUUUAAAAUAUUUUAAACACAUUUACUGCGAGUAGUAAAUAUGCAUUUUUGUUUGUGAUUGCAUGGCAUUUUACAGAGUUUCACUUGGCACUGAGUGUUGUGUGUAUAUAAGAGGCUUUGUUACCUUAUGACGUGUGAAAUCUUUGCUAGGCAACCUUGCCAUGAUUUUUUUGCAGUUUUAUUUUAACUACACUGCAUGUUUCCCCCAAAUGCUCCACUCAAUAAAUCUGCAUUUCUGAGUUGCUCAUUCCCAUCCUUUUCUGGUUGAGCUAGUGCUUUGGCCAAUUACAUGUUAUGUCUAUCUCUAUUCCAGUGGAACUAUGUUUAAAUUGAUAGCACAAUUGUUUAAUUAAUGGAACACUGCUUAAAAUAAUGAAAAGUAAAAAAAAAAAGAUAUGGUUGGGAUUGGCUGACAGAUUUUCACUACUACUUAGUCUAGAGUGACAGUCUAAUGAAGGAAAGUGCAAAUGCCAGGUGUUUGCAGUAGUGAUCUAUAAACAUCAAAAGAUUUCCCCCCCUAUUGUUUCACAUGAGUCUGCUCGAGACUGGAGAGUCCCUUUAAUAAGCUUGAAACAAUUACCAUGUUGGUAGUCUCCUUAAAAAUCAAAAUGAAAGCUUAUGUUUACUUAGGUGUGUAUUCUCUGAAGUAGAGAAGGUUCUCUUACUGCCAGUGUACAUUUAUUGCCUUGAUGUAUGUAACAAUUUAUAGCUACUACAAAUAUUUAAAUGUGAGACAAAUCAUUAUAGGUUUCAGAUUUACUGUACAUUUCUUUUUGGUUUACAAUUGCUGUAAUUUAGAAAUGCUGCUCCACUAUGAGUGUCCAUUUCCCUUUUGUACAAGAUUAAUGUUACAGUAAACCACACCAGGAUAAAAUAAGUAUGUCCUAUUGUCUGUGGAAAAAAAAUCAGACUAAAGUUAUCGUUUGUUACCCGUAAAAUACAUACAUCCACCAUAUCCAUCAAAAACAGCCAGUGCCUGAAAACAUUUAAAACACUUGUAUAUGCACAAAAUAAAAAUGUAGAAUUAUUCGUUGGUGCAAGGUAGCAGUGCUUGAUGGCAGUUUGAAGUUCUACAAGGUUUGAAACUUAAAGGGACACUGUAGUCACUAUAACCACUUUGUUUGAAUUGGUUAUAGUGCCUGGAGUUGCCUGGCACUGUCCCUCCAUUCAGUGUUGCACAAUGUUUGUGCAGUAUGCCACAAAAUAAGAGUCCCUGGCCACCCACAGUCCGGCCCCUUCUGUAUGUGUAGCUAAGGCAGAGAUUACACACUUCCUUGUUGUCAUACCCAUCCAUACCGUCAGUUGGAGCUCUGACAGGUUAAAAGCAGUCAGCUGACACUCUCAGCCAAUCACAGCUGCCCAUUGCCUCUCAGGGUAAUACUUCCUUAUUAGCCAAAGCAGCACAGAGUGGAUAGACUGCCGUGGACUCUUGUUUAGCAUUAAAACAUUACAACAUUAAAAACUGUUUAAUGCUGAAAGAAAUGAUGGUACCAGGGGACUCCAGACACUAUAACCAGUUUAAUGAGAUGAAGCAGAUACAGUGCCUACGGUGUCCCUUUAAGUGAGGAAUACUAAAACAAACAUAUUAGCCACUAUGGUCUAUGCACCAACAUGGAAAUGCACAUGUUGGCUUGGCAUUGAGCUUUCAUUCUGUAAGAGCAUGCAUGAGCCUCUGUGUCUUUUUUGUUUUUUAAAGAAAAUGGCCAGCAUAUCCCAUUAUCAUUUUUUCUCUCUCGCUGGUUUCCUUCCUCUUUGAGAGGACUAGAACUGUUGUGACAAUAUGGUGACCCAGUGUUGUGGGAAGGGAAAAUUAAGUGCAGAAAACAAUCAAUAUUCAGUACCACCAACCACAGGGGCAUGCAGUCUCUUUUCAGCGAGGGGUUUUAUGUUCUCCGUUUUACACACAAGUGAGGACUAGGCUAAAAUAAAAACAAAAAACACCUUGAUUGACUCUUAAAGUAAUCAUACUUCACAUGCAUUGACAUAGAAAAUUUGUUUGGAAAUAAGAGGUCCCAUGCACAGAUGCCUGUUUCAGUAUCCCACAGUCUGAUACUUCUUACCAUUAAGCCUGAACAACCAACAGAUGUUGAGACUUUCUUCUGCUGUUCUGAGGCUGAGAGUGCAUAAUAGAAGGAACACCCUUCUUGUUUGCCUGUUCCAUCUUAAAGGAACAUUCCAAGCAAAACAACUAUAAUUCCUGUAGUGCCACCCCAUACUCCCCAGGUCUGCUAGAUGCUGCCCUGCCCCACCCACCUCAUUUUUAAAACAGCUGCUAGAGAGCCUUUAUCAUCCUGUCUGAUGCUGUAGUGCUUAUAAUGCCAAGAGUGCCUGUGUUUCCCAACACUAUAAGAAGUCAAACUAGUAUAAAAUGGUUUGGCUUCUUUCAUUGGGACACCAGGCUACUCCUGGCACGAUACUCACUACAUUGCACUAUCCACUCACCGUGCAAUGCUAUUUAGCAUUACUCACACAUGCAUAUAGGCCUGUAUGUUUAUUUAGCCUCUCUCACAUCUAAAUACAUAGACAGCCACAUACAUAAAUGUUAUGCCUGGAUACAUUCAAAUGCUUGACAGUUGACUUAUUCUUCCUCUGUAUUCCCUGCUCCUCACUCUGUGGUGAGGUUCGAAUGGGCUGAGUGCAGUGAAAGAUGGUCUGAGUGUCCCUUGCUCUACUGAACAGCAUCCUGGCUAAGAAGGCUAGGAGGGUGUGACAUCAUAUGAUGCAUUUAGUCUAGAGGUUGCACUUUUGUUUAAAAGCCCUGAUAUUUCUGCCACCUGAGCACGUUUAUACCUUCCAAACUGUAGAGGCCAGGUCCUUGCCAGCAUGGAGAUUUAAUUGUUGCUGUAAGCGUCUAAUUUAUAUUGCCAAUGUCUCCUACUGUGAUGGAUUUGUCAAGAUCUUACUUUUUUUUUCAUUUUCUAGUAACAUUUGUAUUUAUAGAGCAUAACAUUCUAUCUAUACAUCAUGCUUGCAAUAUAUAGUUUGGGGGGGGGACUCAACCAAUCAGUUUAUUCACCUGUCAGCAAAUUAUUUGGCACAGACAAAGCAUUGACUGACAAGGUAGAGCUGAAAAAGGCUCCCACAGGCGAUCCUUCUGCUUUUAACACACAGAAACUACAGUGCAUGUUUUUUCAGCUAUUGAAAUAGGACUCACAAUUCUAUUCCAGCCCUAUACUUGCAGAAAAUGUUUAAAGGAACGGUUUGAUAUUGGGUGUCUAAUGUGGUGUUUCACAACCUUUCUAAUCACAAGGCCUGUUUACAUUGCAUUUUUUUUGAGGAGUCCCAUACAUGCCAACAGUUAUAAUUUUACUCUUGAUGUACUAUCAGUCUUUUAAGGUUCUAUGUCUUGUUCUCAGUUGCAUUUUACACUUUCCCCGAUUCUGUAGAGGGUCAUUAACCAGCUUCAAAACAGAAGCUGCUUGAUUCAUUUUUUUUUUUUUUUUAAAAGCUAGACAUUACUGGUUACCUGUCAGCUAGGAGAAAAAGUAGGCAAUAAGCUAAUUUAGAGGGACACUGUAGGCACCCAGACCACUUAAGCUAAUUGAAGUCUGGGUGCUCUGACCCUUUUGCACUUAGUGCUGCAAUGUAAAACGUUGCAGUUCCAGAGAACUGCAAUGAUUACCUUGCAGCUCUAAGUCUGCCCUCUGUGACUGUCUAACAGACAGCCACUGGGGGCGCUUCUGGAAUCCAAACCAAUGUCCUCACGGACGGAUUUUCCUCAUAGCAAAGGAUUGAAUAAUCAGUGUCAUCAGUGUCUUAGUCAUCAGGCCUCCUGGCGUCCCCCGUCUCUCCUUUGUAAUAUAAGUAAUCACUGGCUGCCUGUUGAAAACAAAUAUGUUCAGGUUGGGAACCACUGAUUUAUGGAGUUUUAUUCCCUAUUUCAGGUGUGUGUUUAAAAUUACACUGUGUUAAAAGUAUAAUUUUAUUUAGACUAGCCAUACUGUUAUGCUUUUAAAGUUGAAUGAUUUCAGUUUAACUGUAUAUCAUCCAUUUCUGCAUGUUUCCGUUUGUCAAUUCUGUUGGGAGUUAAAGGGGAACAGUCACUUCUGGUAUUUACACCAUUGAAUAAAACAUUGAAACUCUACUAUAACUUGUGUUAACUCAGGACUUGACAAAUUUGCUUGGAAUCUAGGAGCCAGCUAGAAAAGUUAAGAGCCAGAGAAAUUAACACCAAAAAUACAAUUCUUAAAGGGACAUUAGUCACCAGAACCACUACAGCUUAAUGCAGUCGAUCUGAAGUCUAUAUCCUGUCCCUGAACGCUUUUCAAUGUAAACACUGACAAAAGGCAGUGUUUACAUUGCUGCCCGGUAACACCUCUAGUGGUGCUUCUUGGGUCAGUGCUUCACAAUGUGCAGCACCUAUGUUAAUGUUCCCUAUAGAGAUGCAUUGAUUCAAUGCACCUGUAUGAGAACUUUAAUUGGCGCAGUGGCAUUUUGCCGUGCAUGCGCAAUAGUCUUCCAAUGCUUUCCUAUGGGGAAGCAUUGGAUUGGCUGAGAUCGUCAAGAUUGAUUAUCUCAGCCAUGGAGGUGAAGCCAGCCGCAGCGUCAUCAGCAUGGCAUGGGGAAAAAUGGUGCGUAAAAACACCUUUCCCAUGUGAUUUGAAGGGAAGACACACUCACAAAUAAUUACUUUAUUUAAAUCCACCCAGCCUCCUUACUUCUGGAGAGCUGGAGUGGAUAGGCUUUCGCUGGUUUCCAGUGGGGCUGCUGUCAUCUCCCUACUCGGCUCCCUCUCGUGCACUGUUUAGUGAGAUGGGGAUCUGGAGUGACAUCAUAACCUGGCUCCACUGCAAGCCGCGUGAGGGAGCAGAGCAUUGAGAUUAUAGCUCCCUUGCCGCGGCAUUGUCAUCAGCCCGCCUCCCUCUGCUCUCAAUUACCCGGCCGUCCGCCUCCUUCAGCUCUCCAUGGGCUGGCCGCACCCUCCCUCAGCAAUAAAUGAGCCGACCGCCCCACUCCCUCUGUCAGCCGCCUGCCAUAUUCUCACAGCUCUCCAUGAGCCUGUCGCCCGCCUCCCUCCCUCAGCAAGACAUGAGCCUUCCUAACUUUUCUAGCUGGCUCCUAGAUUCUAAGCAAAUUUGUCAAGCUCUGUGCUAACUACUUCUUAAUCCAGGCCAGACAGUGCAAAGCUAGUGCUAACUUUGCUGAUGAGGAGGAGAAGCAAAAUACGGAACAAGAUCUUAUUCAUUCACAUUUUAAGGCCAUUCAUUGUUUGAUGCAAGUUUUGUUGAGGACUCUAUGGCCGACAAAUAUCUUAAUGGAGGUGGAGUUAAUCACUGGGCAUCAGGAAAUAGAGUAGGUGAAAGAGAAAAAGAAGCAAUGGGGUUUAUUCACUAAAUACAUAAUUAUAGGGAAUUCAAACUUGAAUAACAAAUUUUAAGCUACAAUAGCUAAUUUGGAAUAUUUCUCCAGUUUGUCUAUAAUCACAUCUUUUAGCCUAUAUAUUAAUAUUUAGGUCAAAUGAACACAGUUAUAGUGCCCAAAGUGGUCAAAUUUCUGUUGGUUUCAAUAAACCUCAAUUUUUUCACCUUUUCCUAUUAUUUUUAUUAAUGGUAUUUACAUAGCGUCAGCAUAUUCUGUAGCGCUUUAUAAUAUCAAAGGGGGAGAUUUAACAAUAAGACUAUUACAAAAACUUACAGGAACAAGAGGGCCCUGCUCAAACGAGCUUACAGUCUAUAUCCUACAAGUGGAAUGUGUGCCUGUCUGUAAAAAGUUACUAGUUAAAGGUGAUGGUCAGUGUUUUUUUCCUGUGGUGUAAUUUCUUGACAAGUGUUGGUUGCCUUUGGGACCUGGCAAUACCUGGGAGGAAUAAAAUGUUAACAUUUUUGAAAAAAACACGUCUCUAGUGGUUAUCCAUGAGCCACCGGAGGUACUUCUUUCUUGAAUACUUUAAUUCGCACAACUUGUUGAAGUUAGUUAGGGGAGCAUAAUGUACAAGCCCAAAGGAACACACAAACAUUAAAUACAUAAGCAUUGUGCAUCUGAAUGGAGUAACCCUCUGUUCCUAUACUUCUCUUGCCUGCACAAGCAGGCAGCACUGGCUUGAGAUGUAAUCACUCUGUACUUAAAGGAGAUUGCUACAACCUCCUGUUGGAGGCUGCUUCUGAGGUCAAUGCUAACUUUGUUUUAGAAUUGGCAUGUGGUGUGGGGAUCUCUUCUUGAUGGAAAGAAUAGAAUAAUUUGCUUUCAUGAUGUAUGUAAUGAAUCUGAUGUAUUUUUAAUCUAUCAAUACCUGUGUAAAUCCCAACAGGUAAACUUUAAAGGAAAUAUCCAAAAUUCUGGUUCCUAGAUGUUGAUGGCUUACAACUCAUCAAAUUCUUUGAAAUUGAAUGCAAUAGAUGGACAGAUAAUCAUGGGAGUUGAAAUUAAGGUUUUGAGGUGCCUGCUUUAAAUCAUAACGGGGUUCAAUUUGUUAAAAAUUUUUGGGUAGGUUUAUGGACCCUCCCACCUCCAGUUUAAGAGCCGCUGCACCUGCAGGAGAUAAAUACUGGCCAAUGCAUUUCUUCUCAUUGUGGUACUGCGGUGCUUGCGUGGCAGUCGCCACUAUCUGCCAAUAAUAAAUUGCAGUUCAUAGUGUGUGAACAAGAAACUUAUUUAGCUGUGUUUUUUUUAAAGCAGGUGGACCAAAACCAAGGGUCUGCAAGGCACCUAUGGACAAGCACUCUUCUGGCCUGUUGCUAAUAUGGACUAUCUACUUUGCAAUAGCAAUAUUAAUUAACAUAACAGUUUGAUCCAGCUGAUGGUAUCUGCAGCAUAUAGUGAUUAGGGUUCUUAGACUGUGUCUUUAAAAAAGAUGCAAUGUAACUCUGUAAAAUACUUUCUGGUGGUAGUGGGGAGCAUGAUGUGCCUUUGUGGAGUGACUGACGAACAGCUUUUUUGAUCACUGCUUCUCUGCAGCAUCUGUACUGGGUGGAAGUGUGAUGAUGUCACAUCCCCUCCCACUGCUGAGUAAGGAUGUUGCAGAAGAGAGAGUUGUUCUCUUUUAUAGCAUGCAGUGACAGCUUGCUCCCUUCCAAACCAUUGGGGGCAAGUCAAGGAACAUUUUUACAUAUCCUUUGACUGUCAGGGAGGCAACUUUUCUGAGCUAGGUCUCAUUCCUUUAUCUCCAUGGUGACCUGUCUGUUGUAAACAUCAAUAAAAUAUGAUGCAAUAUGAAACCUUUGGGGAGCAGUGCACUGUCACCAUCUGCUAUAAAGCAGGAUCUCACAGCAGAGCUUGCAGUCUGUAUUGUAGCGUAUUUAUUGAUCAAAGCAGGAGUCUCACCGACACUGCUUCUUAAAAUAUUCUAGGUUCUCUUCUAAAUAGGCCUUGAGUUUUACUUUUUGUGACACUGUUAUGCAUCCAUUCAAUGCUUUCUAUUAUCAGACAUUAGAUCGUACAUUAAUUCGCCCAUACAUACCCUUGGGAUUUGGUUUCUUACAUGCUUAUAUUUACAGAAACAUUGACUCUGUUAACAUUAAUCUCCAGGGUUUGCGAUGCAACCUGCUAAAUAUAAUAUUUUAGGUUACAUUUGUGUUUCGGUAGCCCCCUUUUAUCUUUCAGAACUACAGCAUGCUGUAGUGGUUAUAGUGCCAGGAGUGUCCUAGUGCUUGCUCCACUGACUUCCUAGCUCAGGUCUGCCGGGCAUUGCUCUCUGCCUCCACUACUACCUCUGGAAAUCUAGCAGCACUUAAUUUGUGGUAACUUAAGCCCAGUAAGCCCAUUCGACCUCAGGUAAGAACACAUUGUAGUCAUUGUCCAAGCAAGAGGCGUUUGCGUGCUUCUCACUGUGAAAAUCACAGUGAGAAGACGCAAGCGUCCAUAGGGAAGCCCGGCGCAGGAGAAAGAGGUAAGUUUAACCCCUUCCUCUCCCCAGAGCCCGGCGGGAGGGGGUCCUUGAGGGUGGGGGCACAUUCAGGGCACUAUAGUGCCAGGAAAACGAGUAUGUUUUCCUGGCACUAUAGUGGGCCUUUAAUGGAAAAUGAAUGUUGUGUGGAACUGUUUUGAGGACAUUUGUCUGCUUGCUUGUUUUACUAGUGUGUGCACUCAGACAGAAAUAUUUAAUAUUUCUCGGCUAUAUAUAUAUAUUUUUUUUUUUUACUAAGUGCUUAUUUUAACUCGUGUGUGUGUGUGUGUGUAUAUUUUUUUAUAUAUUAUUUAUUUUGGGGAGGGAGGCAUUUAAAAAGCAUAAUAAAAAAGCAUAUAAACAUAUUCGACAGCAUAACAGUAUUAGGUGAAAAUGGAUAAUAGACUCAGACCAAUGCAAAAUGUAUAGAGGACCCUGCCCGUGAGAUGAGAUCUAACCAUUGAAGCUCUUGGUGCUUAGUUAGAUUGCCUGUAAUUUUAAUUUGAGACAAGGGAUAGCAGGGGGAAUUUGGAAGUGAAGCCUACAGGAGGUUAACGGAGAGAGUUGCAGCUACAGGUAAAAUGUGAAGGAAAUGAGGAGAUAAUUGAGUAAGAACUAAAAUAGCAGGUGAGGCGUGUUAUACAUUUAGCAGGAACAUGGUGGGUGGGAAAUGUUUAGAGGAAAUAGAAAGAUUCAGGAUUGCUUAGUACUGGGUAUGUGAAGUGAAGCCUAAGGAACAGGGAUGAAGAGGAGACACCAUUAUAUGAAGGAAGCAGGAGGAGCUAGGAUGGGUAGAGGAUGGAGAGAGAGGGGGUGGGUAUAGCUAACAUGUGCAGUAUACAAUUGGAAAGUUUGCCAACCAAAUUCCAUCACUCAAAAUAUUACAUUUAGAAAAAUUAGAAAACUAAUAUUUUAUUUUUUGUUGCUGCACUGUUUAAAUGCUUUCAAAUAUGAAAUUUGUAACCUAGACACUCCCUCUAAAGGGAAGCUAUAGUCCUGGAAAUAGCAUUGGAUAUUUUGGGACUAUAUAUAUUCCCUUAUAUCAAUGCGAUCACUGUCCACCCACCUUUGUGGUAUACAACUACGUUAAAAGGACACUAUAAGCAGUAUAACAACUUUAGCUUAAUAGAGUGGAUUUGACGUAUAGAUCAUGUCCCUUCUGUAUAUCUGCACAAUUUGCUGCCAUUUAUGAGCCUCCCAUAGAUGUGGCCUACACAUUUCCUGCCAGGAGAGAUCUAACAUUUAAAGGGACACUAUAGUCACCCAGACCACUUCAGCUCAAUGAAGUGGUCUGGGUGCCAGCUCCCCCAGGUUUUAACCCUUCAGAUGUAUGUUUACAUUGCAAGAUUAAUCCAGCCUCUAGUAGCUGUCUUCCUGAUAGCCGCUAGCGACGCUGGAUGCGAAAAUCACAUUCAGCGUGCAGAACGUCCAUAGGAAAGCAUUGAGAAAGGCUUUCUUAUGGACUGUUUGAAUGCGCGUGUGGCUGUUGCUGUGUAUGCGCAUACCACUCCACUCGGGAGCUGACGCUGGUGGGGGAGGAGAGGUCAGCAGCGCCGAGGGAGCCCGCACUGGAUUAAAGUAACUGAAGGGGUUUUAACCACUUCAGCGCUGAAGGUGGGGGAGAUCUAAGGGUUAUAUAGUGUCAGGAAAAAGAGUGUGUUUUCCUGGCACUAUAGUGAUCCUUUAAACUUCCUUUAUUGUACAGUCUGUUUAAUUUAGAAUUUUAUCUCUUACUUUAAUCUGCUAGAACCUGCAGAAGGCUUGUGUGUCAUUAAAAGUUGAAUUAAUAGAACAGAAGGGAAAAACUUGAAAUUUUUAAUUUCCUUUUUUUCAUGCAAGCUGUGUGAUUUCCAGCAAGGGGAGGUGUGACUAGGAAUUCAUUAACGGAAACAAGCAAUUUAACUCCUAAAUGCCAGAGAAUUGAGCAGUGAGACUGCAUAGACUUGAUCUAUACAGUACUAAGGAGCUUUUCCAUGCUCUAGUAAUAUCUUGCAUGGAUUAUUGUAACUCUCUCCUAACUGGUCUUCCCAGAAGUUGCAAUGUCCCACUACAGUCUAUUAUGAAUGCUGCAACUAGACUUAUUUUCCUCUCCUGUCGCUCUUCUUGGUCAGUCCUUACAUUGACUUCCUGUAUCCUAUAGGAGUAAAGUCAAGGUACUAAUCCACACCUAUAAAGCACUGAACAAUUCUAGCCCCUCCUAUGUCUCUUCACUGAUCCACAGGUAUGCUGCUUCUCGGUCUCUCCACUCUGCCCAUGACCUUCUCCUGUCCGCUGCUAGCACCCGUAUGGCCAACCCACGCUUGCAGGACUUCUCGCGGGCGGCUCCUUUCCUAUGGAAUAGCCUGCCUACCGCCAUCAGACUCUCCCCUAGUCUCCAAUCAUCUAAAAAGUGCCUCAAAACCUAUCUUUAGGAAAGCUUACGACGUCCCAGAGUAACCUCUUCCUCAAAUACCUGUCUCUUGCUCUCUCCUAAAGGGCAGAACUCUAUUCUCUCCUCCAGCUCUGCUUCACUCCACCUUGUUUGAUUGCUACCUCCUGUCCUGUUGUGUUUUACGCCCCACCUCCUAUUGACUGUAAGCUCAUUUGAGCAGGGCCCUCUUCAACCUAUUGUUCCUGUAAGUUUUUGUAAUUGUCUCAUUUAUUGUUAAAUCUUCCCCUCUGAUAAUAUUGUAAAGCGCUACAAAAUCUGUUGGGGCUAUAUAAAUACCUGUAAUAAUAAUACACAAAAAUGGCUUCACUAAGCUAAAGUUGACUUGGUGCUUAGUCUCCCUUCAAGCCAGUCUUGGGAAUUCCACCUAUUAAAUUGAGUGAAGAUUUUGCUGCCCGCUGCAUGCCCUGUGAUUUUUCAAGCUUAGGAUGGUGAGAGUUAAAAUGCACAUCUGAUGCAGGGGAAUCGUGUGUGAACAGCUUGCAAAACAGCUUAUGCCUAAUAUCCAAUCAACCUCAUUCAGUGGUUAAAUGAUUUUGAUAAGAAUUUUAGUACAUGACUUUAUAUAGCGAGUCAUCCUUUCAAUGGACACAUAAAAGUGAAUACUCAAAGGAGAAAACUAUAAUUUAUUGGUAAAUUACGCCAUUGAAAAUCACCUAUUGUAAUAAUCUUGAUGUGAUGCUCUGUUUUCUUUUACAUAAGCUAAAUAAAAAUUUAGCUUUUGAUAUCACAAUCCUGUUCAGUUCAGACAAAGCCAGUGCAAACAUUGUAAAUAAGGAAGAGAAAUAGAAAUUUUUUUAUAAACAUAUUUUAUUUCUCGUUGUCUUUGUAUGCUUUCCUAUGCUGUCUGCCAUUUGCAAAGUGCAGAGCUUAUAACAAUUACUGACAGGGAGUUAAUAUUUUAUUGCUCGGAUGUAGUAUAAAGAGAUGUGAACUUUUACGCAUUAAUAGAAAUGUGUUUUUUUUUGUUUUUUUUUUAGCGUUUAUAAUUCUUUUAAAAAUAUAACGAUACGUAAAACUAAUAUUAAAAAUCUUGUAAAGUGACCGUUUAAACUUAAAACUUGAACUGAUACAGUAAAAAGUCUUAUUUUUUACCUGUAUACCUAAAUCUCAAUGAAAUCGCCUAUUUCGGAGUUUUAUGAGAUUUGUUCUCAAUGCUUCUCUGAGCAGCAUUUAAUUUAACCGUGCCCAGCACGAACAAGGAAGUGCUGGGAAAAGGCAGAAGGACCUUCAUUGGCUGCUGUUGCCAGUUUCCAAGAGAAUCAAAGCUAGGUUUUUAGUAUUUAGGAAAUAUUUAUUUUGCAACAAUUAUGUGCUUAAUAAAUAAAAUUGUUCAUUGAUGGUCAACAUUUCAAUUUAGUUUUUGUUUUUUAGUAAAGCUAAAAUGUUUGCUAGAAAUAAAAGUUAAAGGGACACUAUAGUCACCAGAACAACUACAGCUUAAUGUAGUUCUGGUGGGUAAAAUCAUUAUAUCCAGUCAUUUUCAUAUAAACACUGCCUUUUCAGAUAAAAUGCAUUGUUUACAUUACUCCCUAGAGAGACCUCCAGUGGCAACUCUUCAGACGGUCAUUGGAGGUGCUUUCUGAGACCGUGCUGCUUUGCAUGGAGGCACUGAACUUGGAGGUGCUGAUUUGGCCCUGCCCCUGUCCCACCUCCUUGCCAAUAUCAGCCAAUCCAGUGCUUUCCUUAUGGGAAAACAUUGGAUUGACUUAAAUUAUUUAAUUCUGAUGCCAACAAGGAGGCAGGUUGGGGGCGGGCCCAAUGCAAGCAGACCCAUGCGACGCUUGAAAUAAGGUAAUUUAUGGGGGUUUAAAAGCUGUUAAGAACGGGGGUGUGGCAAGCUACCUAAAGUGUUUUUAACACUAUAGGGUCUGGGAUACAUGUUUGUGUUCCUGACCCUAUAGUGUCCCUUUAAUUCUUUAAAGCCGUGGUUCCCAACCCAGUCCUCAAGUACCUCCUACCAGUCCAGGAUUAAUGGAUUACCCAGUUGUGUCUAAGGUGUUUUUAGAAAGAAGAAAAACGACAAAAAACACUUGAGACACAAUAGGGUAAUCCCUCAAACCUGGACUGGUAGGGGGUACUUGAGGAGAUGGAUGGGAACCCCUGCCUUAAAUGAUUAUUCCAAUCACCAUAUCCCACCCCAUGCUAAAGCCCUUUAUGUUCUCGGGUGCUAACCAAUUUAGUAGGUUUUCUAUUAAAAUUUGGCAGAAGUUUGCCUAUAAAAUUUACAUAAAUAUUGUCAGCACAAUUCAUAGAUAUUGUGUAAAAAUUGCCACUCAACUGCACAGAAAAGCGGAAAAUCUUAAUUAAAUAUAUAUUCUCUUAAAUGGAGCUGUUGCUUUCGAAGGUUUUUAAACAAAUAUGUAACAAUUUUUCUAUGUCUCCUUUUCAUUUGCGUUGUUUUAACUGGUAUUGCCUUGUCUCAACUGUAUUAUGUAACUUGCUAAACCUUUAAUAUAUAUUUGCUAUUCCCUUUCAAUUCACAAUCCUCUGCAAUUUCUAUUGUGUAAAUUCCAAUUUUUUCAUUUUUUAUUGUACAGGAUAUAAUUUUUAAUGCUCACAGAUUAAGUAAAUUUAUAGAGUUUAGGUUGUUAGAAUAUUUCUAAGCAAUACAGAAAAAAACUAUUUUAAGUUAACAUGCAUGUUUUUUUUUUUCUGUGCAAGAUGCUUUAGUUCCCAUUACUUCUGUUUGAUACAUUAAUUCAUCAUGUAUUGCAGACUUACGUGAAAUUGAGGGAAUGGCAAGGUAAUCAAUCCAUUGUGAAGACCAAACUGUAGUAUAAACAAGCAGAUUCAGGCAAGCAUUUUUUCAAAGGCAAAAUUCAAGCUCUCCCUGCAGAGGUUCGUGGUUAAAUUGCAGGAUUUAUUUAUUUUCUACUGACAAUUUUGUACUCCUACACUUUCUCAUUCCCAGGCAAGUGUACAUUUGUAGGUUAAUGGGUUACUCCAACCAGAUUUAUAUUUUAAUAUUUAAUUUUAACUAUAUAUGCCCUAUUAGGCACUUUGCACCAAUUCCCACACUUUUUGUUGUAAAAUAAUUUGCAAUAAAAGGUUUCAAACUGACCUGCAAACCAGCGCUAGGCCAAGUCCUUCAUGAUUGGGGCUCUUCCAAUUAAAUGCUACUCAUAGAUAGGGGUUCCCAAACUAGUCCUCAAGUACCCCCUUCCAGUCCAGGAUUUAGGGAUUACCCUGCUGUGUUUAGUGUUUAGUGUUUUUUUUUUUUCUCUUUUGUUUUCUUUCUAAAAAUACCUUAGACACAAUUGGGUAAUCCCUAAAUCCUGGACUGUUAGGGGGUACUUGAGGACUGUGUUGGGAACCACUGUCCUAGAAGCAUUGUGGGACCACUGAACACAUGUGCUUGAUGUUCGCGUUCAUGAACAAUGAAUUCAGCUAAAGCUUAGGAGGUGCUCCAGUCGCUUAGGAGGUGCUGGUUGGAGGGAGCAGGUGGGGUCAGGCUUUAACUCUCACAGCUUGUCUGCAAGUGAAGGAUCUAAUUACACGUCCGUUGCCAGUGUGCUGAAGACCAACAAAUUUUUUGCUCAAUAUUGAUUUUAGGUAGUCUGGGAGUUCCAGGCUGCCACAUACAGAUUGCUACCACCGUGAUCACUUCUAAAACAAAAGUGGUUGUGGUGGUUGGAAUAACUGUUUUUAAGAAGGCCAGUGUUAUACUUCUAGGGUAGUGUUUGGGCAUUCUUAUCCUGGUGCUGUCCAAGAUUAUUAUUUUUUUUUUUUAUAGUUAUUCUUCUGGGUGGUAGCUUUAUCAUUAAUUCAGUUUGGAAAGGAGCUGAGUUAAUAUGGAACCAUCUGUUGCGUGAGAGCGUUACUCUCUCAAAUCAGGACAUAAUUAGAUUGGAGGUUAGGGCCCCAAAACUUUAAGGAAGUGGUCUUGCAUUACUCCCCAUGAUGCCAGAUUUAUAUAUUUAUAAAUAAGCAUCUUUUCUUGAGAUUGAGUUUUUUGUUUGUUUUGUUUUUACUCAGUUCCUUCCUGAAGGAGAUGUACAAAUUUCUGGAACUUAAGUCCGCAGCAUAAGUGCAUUCAAAGAAAAUGGGGUUUGUUUUGCCCUUUGGCUAGAGCAGGAAAUAUGGGAACCAGUGGGUUGUGAUACUGUAGUAAGAUGUGUCUCUGAAAAAUGUUCAUCUUUAAAAUUAUCAUGACUACAUGUUACAAUCAACCGUGGGAGCUUAUUAAGAACGUGUUAUCCAUGGCAAUGCAGCACGCAAAUUUACAUAAAACAAGCAGGCCAUUUUUGGCUCAUUUUUGCAACUUGUGGAUUAUGCAAAGUGAAUCAUAAAAGCUAAUCAUAAAAUGGGUUGAGUGUCGGAUGAAUGAAGUGGUUUCCUUGAUGUGGACUCAUAAUAUCAUUCUAAGGGCAAUUUCCAGUAUUUGUCUCUGAAAGGAAAAUAUACUUAAUUUACAGUAAUCACACAUCAUUUGAAUUUGAUGCAGUGGCAGCAGAUGAUGAAAUGACAAGAGACAACUUGUUCAUACACAUGACUGAAAAAUAUCAAAAUUACACAUGCAGACUGUUAGCCAUUAAUGUGUUGUAAAAUAUAAAAGUUUGUUUCCAUUUUUUUUUUGGUUACAUGGCAUGAUAACCAGAAAUCUUGCAGUUGUUAUAAGUGAUACAAAUGCCAAAACGUGCGUUUGCAGAAUUUUUAAUAGUUCCGGAGUGCAUUUUCUCUGCCAUUUCAAAAAGCAAAUAUGUUUCUGUAACCUCAAGGGACAUAACCAUGCCAGAAUUUCUAUAAAUAACAAGAAAUCAAACUUAACAAUGUGUAUCAUUUAACACAGGGGUACUUACCUUGCCAUGUAUUUGUAUCCUUUUAUUACUGGUGAAUUUGAACUAGCUUGUACUGUUAUACAUAUUUUUUAAUAUACUUAAUAUAAUUUUCAUAUAACUACUUAUACUACUGUCAAUAUUAGCUUGUUUUUCCUUUUGUAAGUUUAAGAAAAAUAUCUAUGAAAUAUCAGUAUUGUCUUCUAGAUAAAACGAAACCAUUUUAGUACAUUGUAUUUUAUAGCGGUAAUUUAAAUUGCAUAAUUUUGUAAAUGGUUUAUAAUAAUUUUUUUUCCAUUUGACGUUUAUUAGGUUUUUUUGUUUGGUUUAUAUUAUUUUAAAUGUCUGCAGAAACAUUGCACCAUAACUGCUUCAAUGAGCUGUAGUUAUGUUGCUUAGAAUACCCCUUUAGAAACAUAGAUUCCUGAGAUAAGUGGGAGUUAUACUCUUUUACAGCAGCUGCUGCUAUUAGUUCAGUGAUGCAUGGGAAUCGGGCAAGGGGUGGGGGCAGAUAGCACUAUUUUCUCUCCCUAAAUCUUUGCAUGUCACCUAAGGAAUUGAGGCUGAAUUAAGGACAACAGCCACAAAUAGUAUCUGCUGCCCAGGAGUACAAUUGUUAUCAAUCUCAGGCAGGCAGAAAAAUAUAUAAAUAUGCCCUGCUGCUGUCAUAAGAUUAAAGGAGCCCCAACUCUAAAAAAACAAACAAAAAAACACAGAAAAAUUGCAUAAUUUUAAGGAUGUGAAAUGUGUAUUACAGGAAAAUAAAGCUAUCUCAGAGUUGUGGAUCCCUUUCAAUAACAUUAUUUUCCCCUAACACAUGCUUUGCUGUUAUGCAUCCUCUAUAUAAUUUUAGAGCACUUGGCAUACUGCUGUCACACCAGCAAAAUGAAAUUGAAAAUCCUUGCAUGUGGUGUCUUGAGCCUGAUGUAAUGUAAAAACAUCUGACCGUUUCCUCUUGAAUGAGAACUAGAAAUUUUGAAUAGCUUUACUGUUUUGGCUUUUCUGGAUUGGAAUACCUUCUUGAAGUUUUUCUUUGUUGCCAAACUGAUCAGAUAUCAUGUAUGCUGUUCUGUGUAGGUUUUCUUAAUGUGCAUUCCCAGUAAAAUGCUGAAUUGUGAGUUUGUUUAAUAUGAAGAACAUUUUAUUUUUAAUUUUGGUUUGUCCUACCUUAUUGGUGUGAUAUCAUGUAUUUGCUUCAGCCUCCUCAAGGUGCUACAAAACCCUUCAAAAUUUUAGAUUUUCUGGAUGAUCAAAAUAUCACUUAAACAUAUGAAUGCAAUUUACCUAUAUGCUAACAGGCACGUAUUUGUUUGAAAAAAAAAUUACAAUAACAUUUAUUUGAAACAAGGGAUGUGCAUAGCGAGCACUGACACAUAAUAAAACAGAAGUUUUGUGUAGUUUGCAUUUCAGACCAAUGUACAAAUUUACAAGUUUUUUUUUUCUUUCCUUUUUUUUUUCUUCUUCUUCUUCAUCCUUGUAUAAAUUUUGAAGGAAUGAAAAUCUUUAGUGUUUUGUCUUGCAGUAUUAUUUAUCUUGCGGUAUUUCAGAGUCUGACAUGGUAGCGUAAAAGCAUAUGUCACACCUACUUCAUAUGAAGUAGGUGUGACAUAAAUAAGCAGCCUGCUUAUAGGUAUUUGUAAGAACCUUGAUGACAUUCCUGGUAAGCAUUGCAGCUUACUAAAAAUGGCAACAAAAUAUAAAAUGUCUGUAUUUCGGCAUAAAGCCCACACACACUAUAUUUUAGAAAUCUAUGAUUUAACUAUAUUGUUACUUUAAAAAAAGGUGCUAUAGUAAUCUUUGUCAAUCUCUGGAAUGCUAAUGUUAUGCUAACAAUGGCUCUGCCAGCCUUCCCUCACUCUUACUGUAGGAACAGAAUAACAUAUUGAAACUUUCUUUACUGUUUGGAAGGCAGAGGUAGCUGACAUUUUCAUUUUUUUAACUAUCUGCCUAAUCUUUACAAACAAGUUUAUGCAGCAUCGCACUCUAAUAUAUAACUAUGUAUUUCUACUGAUCUCUCUUCUACAUAAUAAGCUUGGUUUAGCCUCUCCGUAUAUACUGUACCUGCUAACAUCUUCCUGAAUUGUAUCUUUGCAAUGUCAGCACCUUGGCUUCUGUGCACUAGACCCCCACCUCUAUUCUCGUGCUGAUUGUCUUUUCCAGUACUGCUAGGAUUAGUGGAUCGGUGCUGGGCAGGGGGAACAGCAAUAGAAAAAAGUUACCACAAAGGGUUAAUCAGGGGGCUGUCUUGAGAUAUAACGAAAAUUAUUAACCUCUUAUGGACCAAACUUCUGGAAUAAAAGGGAAUCAUGACAUGUCACACAUGUUCUGUGUCCUUAAGGGGUUAAAGUGUGAAUUUCUAUAGGCAGUGAAAGUUACAAUUGGCCUUGUUAACUGCUUUGAAAACCUAUGUUUCUUUGGCUCUCAGUGAUAACUCAACCUGGGCACCAAUCACAGUGAUUACGUGAUGCAGACAGCUAAAACAGGUCAUUACUGAUGUUGGCCUCCAGGAAGAUCAUUCAGUGUUGGUCAGUCAAGCAGUAUUGCAGGACUGAUUCUUUGUGAUGCUGCUGCACCCUGUAUAAUGAAAGGGUAACGUAGCAUGUACCAUGUGAGGAAAUCCAUGUCGGUUAUUAUAAGUACAAACUGUGUUGUGUAAAAUAAGAAUAAUUUGCAUUAUGAGAAAUGCAGCUUCCGAUUUGUGGCUCAAACAGAUGUAACUGCUCAUUUUCAGUAUUUAGUUUGGCCCCACCAGGUGCAGCCACAGGAGAGUUUGUUGCACUUUCUUUUAUUGUAGCCUAACAAUAUAAGCUCAAUCAGAGCAUGUAUAUUUGCCAUAUUCUAAGUACAGUAUUCUGUGGAAACAUCUUGUAUUUAUUUUAGUUGACAAUUCUUUAUCUGAACAGAUUUACAUAGAUUACCAAUCAUGCAUUCAUGAAAAUUAAGUUUUAAUUACAUUCAUUACUUACAUUAUAAAUCACUAAGGGUCAAAUAGGUUAUGUAUAAAAUAAAUGAGUCAAAGGGCAUGUGGAAUUGUAAAAACUGUAGGAAACUGUGGGGUGGAGUUAUUGGUGGAGGAGUUGGUAUUGCUCAGGAUGAUGUUUACACAGGGUGGGGGCAAAGAAUAUGGGAAGAGAAGGUUCAUUCAGUUCAUGUGGACUGAGAACUGUGGUACGACAAGUCAUUAAGUCAGCCAAAGCUUUUGUUUGAAGCAAAGAGGCCUGUCUGGAACUAUUGGGAUGAUGAGCAAGAGGUGGCCAACUAGUAGUGGGGAGAAAUCUUACUCUUUUCUUUAAGUAGUGCUAAGUAUGGGUGAAUUAAAUAGAAAAGUAACAUAAUAAUUGUUAUGAAAAGUUGGUCUGGGUGAUUUUAGUGGCCAUGUGAUUUGUAAGUGAGGGAGCGGAGAGGACAGGUAAAGGUAUAAUUGAAGAGUGGGCAGAGGAGUGAGGCUGUAGGGGGAUUUGUAUACAAGAAUAAGAUGUUUGAAAAUGCUUCACAUGAGCAGACCCGGUUAGUUGAAAAGAAUACAGACUGCGGUCUUGAAUUUGCUUAACUUGAAUGUUGCUUAUGGAUAAGCAAAGGUAGUUGUAGUAGUCAAGAAAUGGAUAAGGGGUUUUGCUGCAGAGGUGUUGAGAAAUAGGUGGAUUUUCUAGAUGCCCAAGGUGAUAGCUGCAAAUAGAAGUAACAGUGGAUGUAUUUUUUUUUUUUUGGUCAAUCAUUGUUUAUUGCAUUUUUCAGGAUAACAACAAGAAUACAUUGUACAUGUGACAUACAUAGAGACGUGGUUAGCAAGAAUGAGCAUAUAUACUCUGUUUGCAUACAUAACGUAGUGAGGAAGCACAUCUCCUGGUAACUAUGUUCGCUUAGUCUGUCGUGCUUAGGGUUAAGCUUGACUCAGGUGAUGUCUUGCCCGGUCCCAGUGCAAUAAAUCCGUGGACGAUGCCAUGUGGUCUAUGUGGUCUACCUCCCCCUAGUCGUCGGUAUAGCUCUUGUCUCAUUUUGGCUAGGGUGUCUCCCUGGUUUCCCAUUGCUAGUGUCAAAUUGGCCUUUGGGUGAGCUCUGUCAGUGUGGGAUUGCCUGGGUACCACCUCAUCCGAGUCUAACCUCUGUAUCCUGCGGAGUGUGCAGAGUCAAUAGCUCAUUAGUGGGGGGUAUCGGUCGCCCUCAACAUGUCAUGUGGUAGUAAGCUAUGUAUUGAUUCGGCUUACGUUGUGUUAGGUCCCGUUUGUGUCCCAGUGCCCUUGUCUGUGCGACUACUAGUUCCCGUGCCCCCAUGUUUAGUUACUUGUCUUCCACGUUAGCGAGAUUUUGUCCGUGUGUCGGGUGUCGGGCCCAGUCCGUUCAGCCGGUACUUAUUCCUCUCUUGUGUCCGACCUCAGAUUCGUCAGUCUGUCUGGGCGUUGUCUUGCUAGGGCAAGGCUAGCCUUGUCCCCUUUUCAGUACAGUGGGGAGUGAAGGGCUGUCCAGUAGGAGGUGGGUGAGGUGGGUUAAGGUAUAUACUGGUACGGGUGGGUGUCUGCUGCCCGGGUUAGGUCCCCCCGAGCGCCUGCACUUCUCGCGACCUGGCGGCACAGGUUCCAUGGCGGCGCAUCUGUUCGUUCGGUCCCGUCUACCCGAGCCCCGCGUCUGUUCCCAAUUUUUAGGCCCUUCCUGUAGAGAUAUACUGCCUCCACGGGUACCACUUUAGUGCACAUUUGUCCGAGCUCCCUGCAGGGAGGCCGUCAGUAUCUCCAUGUCAUAUAUCGUCUCAACUUUGUCUACCCAUUGUCUACCCAGUGUCAAUGCACUUUUCCAAUGCAGGGGUAUCAACUCUUUUGCAGCGUUCAGCAAGUGAAUUGUUAGGGAGUGUUUGUAUUUCUGUGUGGGGAUAGGUGUGUGGUGUAGGAGCAUCGUCAUGGGCAAUAAGGGAAGGUCAUCCCCCGUGACCUCUUUGAUUUUUGUAUUGAUUUGCUGCCAGUAUACCAUUAUGCGUGGGCACGCCCACCAGAUAUGUAGGUUCGUUCCCAAGGCUGAGCCGCACCUCCAGCAUAGGCCCGUAUUGUUGACGUCGAAGUGCCUCCGGGUAUCGGGCGUUCGGUACCAAUGUGAGAGCAGCUUGUAACUGGUCUCUUGAAUCUUUGAGCUGAUAGAGCAUUUAUGGGUUAGGAGGACUAUCUUGUCCCAUUCUUGAUCCGUGAGUUGUGUGCCGAUUUCCCGUUCCCAUUUGCCCGUGUAUCCUAGGGGGCUGUUGUCCAUGGUCCCCCGCAGUGUCCCAUAUAGGAGUGAUACCCCAUGUUCCACAUGUUUCCUGUUCGUGCAUAGCCUCUCAAAGCCCGAGAGUGGCCUGUGCAGAUGGUCUUUUCCAGCCAAUCUAGCAACAUACGUCUGCACCUGGUGAUAGCAGAAUUUAUCUAGCUGGGUGGGUUGCAAGUCUCCUAGUAGGUCGUGUAGUGGUAGAAGCCCCGAGCACCACCGGCCCACGUAAAUCCAAUCCGUUUGUUGGUAGUUCCCGAACGCCGCCGGGGGUAAACCCCCGGCACGUCCGGGUUGCACGUGAUAGGGGUCAGUGGGCUCAGUGAGGUUGUUAAUUGCUGGGUGUAGUGUGUUUUGCACCAGGUUUUGAGGGUCGCAUCAAUCAAAGGGUUGCCUGUGCGUAACUCUGGAAAUGUGGCUCCCCACAGCCACAGUUUCGAGGGGAUCCGGCCCUGCGUUUGCUGGAGUUCCAUGGUCACCCAGUGUUUGGGGCUUGAGCUGACAUGCCAGUCAAUUAUUCUGUGUAGAUGCGUAGCUCUGUAGUAAGUGGACACCGACAGCAGCCCCAGCCCCCCAGCCAGCUUGGGCCUCUCCAAGACUGUCCUGCGGAUGCGCGAAGGUCUGUGGUUCCAAACAAACCCGAGGAUGGCUGAUUCUACCGCUUUGAAGAAUGAGUGUGGUAUUGAUAUCGGCAAGGUGGCAAAGAGGUACAGCAGCCGUGGCAUCACAUUCAUUUUGACUGCAUUAAUACGGCCAAACCAGGUGAUGUAGCUUGUCGUCCAGCGUUGGAGGUCCUGCUGUAUGCUCUUGAGGAGGGGGAGGUUUGCGCCAGGUCUUUCGGUAGCCAGGUGCCAAGGUAGCGCAUCUUCACUGCGCACCAUGAAAAAGUCAAUUGGGCACUGAGUCUUUGGACAUCGUCUUCAUUCCGCAUUAUCGGCAUUGCUUCCGACUUAUCAAGAUUGAGUUUCAGAUUGGAUACUUGGCGGAAGCUACGGAAAGCCUGCAGUAGGUUGGGCACCGAGAUCAGGGGUUGUUCAAGGUUGCCCACCUGAACCCCUGUUAUGCCCCCAUCCCGUCUGACCGCCUCCAGGAAUGGUUCCAGGAUGAGGGCAAACAGGAGGGGGGACAGGGGACAGCCCUGGCGGGUCCCGUUGCAUGUAGGGAACGAUUUAGGGAUGGAAUGAAGCCAACCUGAUCUGGGUGGAUCAGGCCUGGUAGGAUCCGGGAUAUCCUCAGUGAGAGAGCCUUCGUGAACAAUUUUAGGUCGGCAUUCAGCAGCGAGAUUAGCCUGUAGCUAGAGCAGUGGAUGUAUUCUUAUCAAAGAAUAUCUGAGAGUUACAGGUGGAACCCAGCUUACAGCCUGUGAGUGUUGGAAGGUUCAGGGAAAGACAACAGUUUUUGUUUAGUGUAAGCAUAUUCAAGAGACCAUGUUAGUGGUAGGAAAAGAUGCACUCAGUGUAGGAAAAGAAAGGAUGGCUUCUUGAGAGAAACGUAGUAAUCAGAAAGGUAACAUUAGAAAAAGAGGGUAGUGCCAGAGGUGCCAAUGUUGAGAAAAAAGUGUGAAUAUCAUUUCUAUCAAAGGCAGUGGCAAUUAAGAUGGCAGCCAGCAGAGUUAACAAUUAAAGUACCUCAAAGGAGGUGACAAUAGAAAGUGUGUGAUUUUUGGCAUGGUAGGUGGCAAGGCUUGAUUACUUGGUGUGAAGAUUUCUGUGGAAGGAAGACUGUUUAGGUAGUCCUUGGCUGAGGAAGGUUGCUCUGAUAUUUUAGAUUUUAUGGUCCGCAAUAGUGGAUAUCGUAAUGAAAAUAAUGUUGCGUUUCAAGAAAAUAGUUCAGGGUUAAAAAUGUGUUAAAAUGAAGGAAACUGCUGUUAAAGAGGUUAUGUGUGUGUGUCUCUAUCUUUCUCAAUCCCCCUCUACAGCAUACAAACGAAGGGUAAAUUUUCACUCGCCAAGGGUGAGUAGGAAAUUUUGAACCCUGCUAAUGUGCUAAAUCUCCUAAAUAAAAUAACAUGCAAUCCUAAAACAGGAAGUUUGCGUUGUACAGUAUUUCCUACAGUUUACUUCUGGUGUACUUUGUGAAUUCACUGCUCUUUGGCAGUUAAAACAUGACAAAAAUGAAUUGACCCUUUUUUCUUUGAGAGAUGUUUGAGAUUAUGUCCUGUCUCGUAUUCUUGAAACUAAAGAAAAGUUUUUGAAUGACACUGUACUUUGCCUGCUUGGAUGCAUUUCUAGACCAGUAUUUUUCAAACUGGGUGUCUCAAGCCACCUGAGUGCGCCACAAGCAUAUUGACUUUAAUAUAAGUUGAAUUACAGUCCUUCGAAUGUGGUUUUAGUACGUACCUGCAUUGAAAUUAGAUUCCCAUGUUGUAGUUAAUUAAUCCUAAAAAGCUAAUUUGGCUAGAAGUGUGCAUAUCUCUGUAGUAAGGCAUCACAUAAAUGUGACAUUUAUAAGCAGCUUGGAAAUAUUUCUUAUCAAAGUCUGCCUUGACCCAAAAAAGAUUGGAAAGCCACUGUUAUAGGCUCGUUGAACCUCUAUAGUCUGUACCUUUUGUUAAAUGCAGCAUAUAGUCAUUAAAUACCGCAAAUACUGCGGGUUUUGUAAAUGUUUUAGUAUGAGCACAAUUGGUGUAGCGAUUAGCUAAAAUUAGAUUUGAUUAUACUUCAUAUUCUGUUCCUAUUAUAUGUAAUGUUGCAGUAAUUUCUUGAAAUUUAAGUAAUAUUUGCAGAAUACUUGCAAUGUAUGUUUUUGUGUGUAUACAUGUAUAUCUAUUUUCCGCAAUCUUACAUUUAAUAAUUUAUACACAAGUGCUACUAAAGAAAACUAACUCAAAACAGAUUCACUAAUUAGUCCUGAUUGUUAAUGCCCAGUAUGUCUAGGAUUUUAAAUAAAACAAAUAUCGCAAGGAGGGAAUUACGGUUUUAAACCUAAAACUUUGCAAAUCUUGGCAUCCUGACAUUACAACUUUAUAGUAGUCACAUAAUCCAAAAUAUGUUUGACAGUACAUUCCUAAGGCUAUUUAAGCACAACACAUUUUGACACUUUUCAUUUAACUAUUUUAUCCCAAAUCUAUGUUAAAAUAUUUAAUUCUUUGUGGUUUUUCACACAUUGUACUUUGGGGAAAUUCAAUGAGCAUUUGAUUCCCACAACACCUCAUAUUUGUAUUCUGCUAUUGUUCUCGAGUACAAAUAACCCAUGUGUAUACCCCUAGUCCCAUCCCCUAUUCCUACUCAUCAGGGAUUUCAAAGCUCACACAGUACAGAAUGCCUUGUGAACAUGAGAGGGAUGUCUUUAUCUCAUCCUGAAACUGUUUGGUGCUGGGCACUAAUAACUGGGCAAAGACAUGUAAGGAGACCUCACUAUUUCAGUCCCUUGGGGUCUCCCACAUACGGGAGGCAAACUCAAUCGCCAUGGCUGAGCACUGCAGAUAGCUCAUCUGUCUGUAUGAGGGCACUAAUUGUGGCCCCAGCUGACAGAGGACCCUCCGGUAUCCUCUCUGGCCGCUGAUGUUGUUUUUUUUAUUUAAUUUUUUAUUAUAUAUAAUUGUUUGCCUUUUUUUGUUGCUAUUUCUAUGCCUUCACAGCAGUUUUGCAUAAUCUUGGUAUACUUUCGAUGCUUUGAGCAUUUGGUUUUACUGAGUGGAAAUUUAAGCUGUCUUGAAAACUGCCUAGCUGUUCACUGAUUUGUGAAUGCAGAGUAACUGGGUGGGUGAAAGUGGUCUUGAUUCAGAUAACAGCUAAUUUAAACCCAGUAUGACUCAAAAUGACCUCACGGGUUGGAGAAAGGUAACAGAGCUGAGGGAGUAAAAAAAAAAAAAAUUAGAGAUGGUUAAAAGAAUACUAAUGUCAGGAAUACAAACAUAUAGUAUUAACAGUGUAGUGCAGCAUUAGGUCCCUGACUCCCAUAUCUCCAGAGAGUAAAAGUGAUUUUACUUACCGUUUCUCCCAUGCGGCGGCUGGUCGUGCCUUCUUGGUAGCUGUUAUAUUUUUUUAGGAUCUUAACAAAGACAUAUUGCAUAUGAGUGGCAAAUUGCAGCGCUUCCCCAAUCAGGAUAUCCUCAUUGAGAUCCAUUGCAUCAACCCAUCUUAAUGACUUACAAAUGCCUGACAAAGGAAAAGUAACAUAUACAGGAGACCAUAGUGUCAAACAAGGUUAAUUUAUUUUUUUUUGUCUGAGUUUCUAAAUGGUGAUCAACGCUUUGCCUUCGAUGGCUCGAGCAUACUAAAAGAUAUUGGUCAUUUUAACAAGAUUUAAGAAUGUUCUUCCUUUAAAAGUGUUAUGCACUUUCAAGACAACUAUACCUCUGCUCCACUUGCCAGUACUGAUGAUCUCUCAGUUAAGAAAGAAUUGGGAUGCAGGGCGCAUGCACAGCAAGUUCCAUGCUCUGGUUUAAACUUUUAAUGCAUUUCAGCAAGCUGAAUGCCAGUGCUGUCAAUGUUAGAAACAGUGAACAUCUAUCUUUUUUUCUGAUUUUGGAACUGGUUGGUCCAUAUUUGUUUUUAUUGCUAAUUGUUAGCGUACAACCUUUUAAUGGUUUGUGUCAAUAGAAUGUUCCCCAUUAUUCUCAUACAGCCAAAGGUGGGCUACCCGGAAAAUGAGCUGUCACUAAACAGAUAAGUGAUUAUGAAGUAACGCAUUGUGCAGGCUUUCAUUGAGCACCUAUUGUUGCUAACGGCAGGGUGUGUCUUUGUGGAAGUUUUAGAACUAUACUUCUGGAAGGUGACAUGAACAUGAUGUUCUGGUGUAUUCUGAAGAGAUUAUACAUGAGGCAUCGCUACAUGUUACUAUGGCCUUUUCAGAAGUAUAAAUAAUUUAUAUCUAUCGCAUAAAGAAAACGCUAGGCAAAAUUUUGCUUUAACCCCUUAAGGACCCAUGACAUGUCAUGAUUCCCUUUUAUUCCAGAAGUUUGGUCCUUAAGGGGUUAAAGGGACACUAUAGUCAACAGAACUACUAGAGCUUAAUGCCCUUCAGGCAUUUUCAUGUAAACACUGCCUUUUCAGAGAAAAGGCGGUGUUUACAUUGCCUCUAGGGACACCUCCAAGUGGCCACUCCUUAGAUGGCCACUGAAGGGGCUUCCUGGCUCAGGGCUGCACAGUAAGCAGCCCUGCUGUUCAGCGUCCCCACGGUGGGGGCGCUGAAUUUUCUUCACAGAGAUGCAUUGAUUCAAUUUUCCUCACAGAGCUUCAUUGAUUCAAUGCAUAUCUAUGAGGAGGUGCUGAUUGGUCAAAAGGAAAGCAUUGGAUUGGCUAAAAAUCUGCAAUUUUGAUUUGAUUUAGGGGGGCAAGCCACCUAAAUGGUGGGUUUUCACUAUAGGGUCAGGAAUACAUGUUUGUGUUCCUGACCAUAUAGUGAUCCUUUAAGGCCCAUUCCAGACUGGAGGUGACAACAUUCAUAAAAUGUUUCUGUGUUAAUUGCAGAUCCACAGUUUUUUGUGAUAGUUUUUCAUGCUUGGGGGGUUGGGGGUGUGCGUCUCUUAAUAGUAUGUUUAGCACUAUAGGGUCAGAAAUACAUGUUUGUGUUCCUGACACAAUAAUAUUCCUUUAACCAAAUUUUUAUUAGGCAAUUUUGAUCCCAAUGCUUUUUUUUUUUUUUUUGUCUAUUCAACUAAUCAAUUUUUGUGGUUGUUUUUGUUGUUCAGUGCUCAUUUUCAGCGCUGAAUGUAGCACAUCUGCCAGUCUGGGGCCUCUAAAAAUUGCCCCAGCUGAAAAGGGGAAUCGCUAGGUAUUGAUUGAUAUCUGGGUUCUCUUGGUAUGAGCAGUCAUUUAGCCCUGCUCGGACUACAUUGCAGAAAUCGCGAUUUAAAUCACCAUAUAAAGGUCUCAUUUAGCGCUGCUCAUUCCAGAACAUUUGGAUGUUUCUGUAUGCCUUAAAGGCUUUAACUUCAUGGCAGGUUAUGUAGCAAGCGCUCUCCACGGAGAGAAAUUUUGUCUAUAAUACUUUGUGUUUUAAUAAAGCAAUCCUAAAAAUACCCCUACUGGAGUCUAGGACAGCGUUUCACCCUGUCAUAUUAUGCAUAUUUUAUUUAUUCCAUUUAUCACUCAUUAAAAUGGUUGUUUUUGGAAGCUGCUCUGAUAACAAAUACUCCUACGGACUAAUUAUAUUAGUGCAAUUUUACAACAUAAGGGUGUAUGUAUUUAAAGCUAUACUGGAAUUGCAAGAGAAAUUGUGUUGAUAUGUUAAGUCCUUAAAGGGUAGUGAUGUGGAACAUAAAAACUAAACAUAUUAAAAAUAAUUCAAUAAAAAAUAUAUCUAUCUCAAUAUCAACUUGUCCUCGGGACUAAAGUGUGGUAACCCAAUCCACAUGUCCCUCAUCAGAGUCUACUUCUAAUGUCCCACAAAAUAAUUGUAUUUAUAAAUACUGGGGCCCAUACUUAGAGCGUCUCUCCCUAUGUCCUCACUCAUAGUGUGCUGGCAGGGUGGGGUGUGUGUGUUGGCUGUUUGUCUGGUGUGUAGGGUGUGCGUUGGCUGCAGGGAAGCCAUUGCUGUGCAUUGCACCUGAUGGAGGUGCAAACCACAUACAACCCAGGCCUGGUGCCCCUGUAUCAGCCCUGUUGUUUGCACAAGACAGGAUUUCCCAAACCAUGAAAGAUAUUCAAUACUAAAUAAAAAAUAAACAAAAAACAAUCUAGUACUGAUACACCUUCUCAGACGCACAGUUUCCCUUUGGUAAAAAGUGCUUUGACAUAUAGAGCUUCCAUAGUUUGUAUUGGGGGAUGAAACAAAAUGAAUUGAAAUGGAUAUAAUUCAUGUUCUGUGCAUUUAUGUUUUUUUUUUUUUAAAAACUGAUAAAGUGGAAUUAUUUUUUUCUUCUGCUUUGAUCACUUUUUUGUACAUGAUAUUUACGACUUUACAUGAGGCAUAUCUGCAUUCUAUAUGACAGGUUGCUAGUUUUGUAUCUCAACAUUUUAGUGGUUUAUGGUGAUGAUACCCAGCAACUUAAAGGGACACUAUAGUCACCUGAAUAACUUUAGCUUAAUGAGGUUGUUCAGGUGUGAACUAUAGCUCCCUGCAGCAUUUCUCAUGUAAACACUGUAUUUUCUGAGAAAAUACAGUGUUUACAUUGAAAGCUAGGAACACCUCAAGUUGCAGUGAACCAGAGGGACUUCGGAGUUGAUGGAGGCAUAAUAUGCGGCCAUCCACUCAGAUCUGCUGUCAGCAGAGCACUGGGCAGCACUGUGCAUGCAGACACUGAACUUUCCUCAUAGAGAUUAAUUGAUUCAAUUCAUCUCUAUGAGGAGAUGCUGAUUGGCCAGGGCUGUGUUUGAAUCAUGCUGGCUCUGCGGAUUGGCCAGGGCUGUGUUUGAAUCAUGUCAGUCUCAGCCAAUCCUUUGGGGAAUUACUGUGAUUGGAUCAGGCUACCACAUGUCAGCAGACUGCCUGUUUUUCUGAGUCUAACAGCAUGCAGAUUUACAGCUUCUGGCUUGAAUACAGUAAGAUUUUUACUUUAUUUAUGGAGGCAUGAGGGGCCCAGGUGGGCUAGAUGGUGGUGUUAACACUAUAGGGUCAGGAAUACAUGUUUGUGUUCCUGACCCUAUAGUGAUCCUUUAACCUACUGAGAUUAGUUAUCAAAAUUGGAUAGUUCACAGAUCUGCUAAUGAUUGUGGAGAGUAUAGGUUGCGUGAAUUAGGAUGUGUGCAGCUAAACCAUUGCAUAAAGAAUAGCAUUGCUAGUUCUUAAACAGAAUGUGUAACAUGCAUUUUAAACCGUUAACUAUUAUUUGUUGGGGUGUUUUAGUAUUUAAUAAUGUGCACACAUCAAGCUAACCAGUGUUUCAUUUUGUCAUUUUGCAGUGUCUGACAUGGGAAGUAAUGACAUCUGGCGCCUACAUUAAAAUAUCUGCAUAGAUACCACCAUCCAGCUUCAGGAUGAAUGGGGAUAUGCCUCAUGUUCCCAUUACUACUCUAGCAGGCAUUGCUAGUCUGACAGACUGUAAGUAAAUAUUUUCUUUACAAACGCACACAUUACAAAAUGUACUAAGCAUGCACACUCUCAGCAAUUGUGUGGCAUUUACAUUUGUUGUAAAUUGGGCUCAUUUUCUUUUAUUUCUUUUAGGUAGGUUUUUCUUUUUAUUUGUUUCUAGAAAAGUAUUCCCAUAGGCAUUUUACAUUGGGUUUGUGUAUCAAAGAAUGCAGGUUUGAUGCUUUAUGACAUAAAACAAUUGGUUUUUCAAGUUAGUAUAAUCUUCAAACGGUUAUUAAACUAAUCUGAACAAGGAAUAGAGCAGCGCUAAACAAACUAAGAACACGACAAUGGGAGGCAGAACACACGAUAAUAGGGGAAUCCCUCCAACCCCCAAGAAAACUAGAACAAGUCAAAGAACAAUAUACAGGUAGUGCCAAGAAAAAUACUCCAAACACAAUAUUAUAUAAUAAGGGCAAUAGAAAACCCACAGGAUAUAAAGAUUCCACAAUAAAACUUGAAUAAAAAAUACAAAAUGGUACGGCACAGUCUCAAAGGUGGCAAUAGAUAUUCUAGUCCAGGUAUGGGACUUUCUUGGUAGCUUCGCUUAAUAUCAGUAAAUGAAGGAAGCAAAAACAGAGGCAAACCAAUAGUGCAAUAUGGCAGUACGUGGUAGGACAAACGACACUUAGUUAACAUGACAGCUCUGGGUAAAACAGCAUGCAGUGGUAUACAAUCCCCACCUGCAGGAUAUCCCUCUGGUUUUGGUACACAGUAGAAUGAUGGUAAAUCACAACUGGAUAAUGAUGAGUUAGAUCAUAUGAAAUGACAACAAAAGCCGCCAAUAGUGCUCUCUAUAUGUUAAGUAUCAAUAAGGUUAAUAAAAAUAUACUUACAAUAGAGUGAGCAGAGUAACCGCUCCAUGUAUCAAGUCUGGGUGGUAUAAUCCCCACCAAGAAUUUCUUUGGUUGGUUGUACACAGUAGGUAAUGGGUCCAGAUGUCAGGUAAAAGUAUAAAAAUAGCCGAAAUACUUUAACAGCAUAAAAAAACCACAACGCGUUUUCUCAAGUGGUAAAAGGCUUUUUUUUUUUUUUUUUUGGGUGAUUUACCAUCAUUCUACUAUGUACCAAAACCAGAGGGAUAUUCUGCAAGUGGGGAUUGUAUACCACUGCAUGCUGUUUUACCUAGAGCUGGUUAUAGCUCUACCAUAUGUGAGUUGACAUGUCAACUAAGUGUCGUUUGUCCUUCCAUGUACUGCCAUAUUGCACUAUUGGUUUGCCUCUGUUUUUGCUUCCUUUUCAUAUUCUGAUAUUAAGAGAAAGGUACCAAGAAAGACCCAUACCAGGACUAGAAUAUCUAUUGCCACCUUUGAGACUGUGCUGUACCAUUUGGUAUUUUUUUCUUUCAAGUUUUAUUGUGGACUCUUUUUAUAUUCUGUGUUUUGUUUUUUUAUUGCUCUUAUUAUAUACUAUUGUGUUUGGAGUAUUUUUCUUCGCACUACCUAUAUAUUGUUUGACUUUUUAUUAAACUAAUGCUUGAUCCUUUCCAUGUAUGCCAUUUUGAGUGUGGCCACAUACUUGGCUAACUAGCUGGGGAGGGGUUUUAGCAAAUUAAGAUGCCCCAUCAGAUUUGUAGAGUCCAUAGGCUAGAACAUGUGGCAUAAAGACAUAAAUCCCAAACUACACAAAAUCUUUUAUUUUGGCCUUUAGUAAGUCAUAUGGACAAGCGUGUGUGACUUUUAUUUAAUGUUGUUUUUGUAAUGUCAGUGAACCUUUUUAUACACUUAUAUUUUAUUCAGACCAGUAGUCAACUUUUUUUUUUCCAUUUUUCUGUGCUACUAUGUCUGGAUUAUCACUUUCUUGUCUCAUUUUAUUUACUACUACACAUGCAGCACAGAAGACAUUUUAUUAAGCUAAUUUGUUUCACUAUGAUUUAAACUGUAAGCAUGUUUUUUAAAAGAAAUUGCUUUUUCUCAUGUGAGAUUGGCAUCAUUCCAUUGUUUCUUAAGAUCAUGGUACCAGCUCUAGAUCUACAUCUCAGGUAAGACCAGUCUCAAGCCUCCCCUUUUUUUAAGGUAAUGUCAUUUGAGAGUUGUUGCUGCUCAGUAGCAAACUGGCACAUUGAUCUGUUCCAGCCAGGAUGCAGGAAACUACUCUAGUCUGGAAACCUGACUAGUGUACGUACUAAGCGUACUGUUAGUGGAUUUUAAUUGCCAUUGUUAAGGAGUUCAGUGGACAGGCUGGCAAGACAUUUAGUUGGCGUAUAUCCUUCUCUGGAGGACCAGACAAAUUAUGCCUAAUUUCAUUAUACCACCAAGAGGAAAACCGCAUGGAUCUUUUAUUUAUCUAUUUUUUGCAGUAUACAAUAAUACAGUAAAUGAUUUUAUGGCGUUGGGCUACCAAAGCUGUUCUGAUGGCACAUGGGUACUUAUUAAACAGCUAAUGGAUUGUCUGUACUUUGGAUGAUCGUCUAACCUGUUUUCCAAGACUGGAUGAGUAACAACUGUGUAAGGUUGAACGCAGAUAAAACAGAGAUCAUCACAGGAGAAAGAUACUAUCCGAUAACACUAUAUAACAUCAAGAUCAUCACAAUGGCUUGGAAUAUUGAGGAUUACAAUUAUGGUCGCUUGGUCUGCUGCUUGGACAUAAGCUCCUUUUCGCUUAGGAUUAUAACUGGAGUAUUACAUGCCUUUUGGACUAUCUCAAUAUGCUAUUCAUUUGGAUUACAGAAAAAUAACCACAUAAUUUAAAUGGAUUAAACUGCCUGGUCAUGUUUCUAACUUGAUUUACUUGGAAAUUUAUUAAGUCGACAAACUGGAAUUUUAAACCUCAAAUGGAGCCCAAAGUGUUUGAAUGAAAUCUUGGUUCCCCUCACUACCAUACUUUGAUCUGGAGAGUCCUUUUUAUAUCUGGUGCUUGAUCUUUUACUUGUAUUGCUAUAGAUCUGUUAAAGUAACACUGUCAUCAAAAUUUUCAGUAUCUUAAUAUAAUUCCUGUUUUACUAGUUAAUUUUUUUUAGUCGUAAUAACACAUCAACUUUGGACUCUCGUAUUUCUUAGAAGAUUGCCUUUGCUUUACUUGUUUUAUUGUGAAGUUUACUUUUUUCUUAUGUCUCUAACCUAGUACUGAACCAGCUGCCUCUUCCAUCCCCCUUACCUGCUACAACUACCAAGAGCCUCCUGUUUAAUGGACGGAUAGCAGAAGAGGUCAACUGCCUUCUCGCGUGUAGGGAUGAACCUUUGGUCUCACAGCUUGUUCAUAGCCUCAAUCAGGUGUCAACCGAUCACAUGUAUGUAUUUUUAAUUUACUUAGAAUUAAUGUUAAACAGUGAAUUUCUUGUUUUACUUUUACAUACGUUUGGGUAACCAUCUAAAAACUGGAGUCAGAGGAGGUUCAGUUUUAUUUUCUUGGUAAAUUAGCUAAAUUACCAAAGUAAUUUUCUUUGUAAUCACUCAGUGGUAGCUGGCAUACCAGAAAAAAUGGGUUGUUUCCAAGGUGGAAUCAAAUGAAUGGUUUUAAAAUAAAUACAUAAAAAGAAUUAGUUUUUUUUUUCCAUUAUUUAAAUCGUAUUUAAAAAUUUGUAUUUUUUAUUUUAAUGAAAUGCUGUCACUGACCUAAAUUACAUGUUUUAAAAUAAAAUAUUUAUAUAUAGAAAUGGCAAGCACUGUCCCCCGCUCAUUUUCUUGCAGACAUUGUCAAUAUCUAGGACCAGGGUCAAACCUUAAAGCGGCACUGUAUUGCUGAACUUACCUUUCUUUAAUCAAUUCCUCUUCUCUCGCUCUGUCAGGAUCUGUUCUUCAUUUCUUCCUGUCUGCUCUAGUUUUCUUUAAAACAUAAGACAAAGUAGGAACUAUUUGCUUUAUGGAGGUUUCCUACACCUGACCAUCUCUGACCAGCGGUGGAGCAAAGUGUGCUUCAUUUCCGGUUGUCAGAUACAUUUUCCCAUAAUCCUUAGCUUUCCUCUCUGUUCCCACGAUGCUUCCUGUCACUUUUCCUGAAGGUCCUGUCAUUUAGACAGAACGUCGGAGAAACUACCAAAUUGCGUCCUAACAGAAUGAGAACAUUUUGUUCAUUCAUGUUAGGACGCAGUUCGGAACUUUGUUUGUAUCGGAAUUUAAUUUGAAUGAAUAAAAUUCCGAUCUGAUUUGUGCUGCGGCUGCAUCUUGCAGCUGCUUAGUGGAUAGCUCCCUAAUUCCCACGGUAUCAGGGAGCUAUCUAAUAAAAGGCUGAAAGACCUAAAUUGGUCUUUCAGCCAAAUUUACUAAUACUAAGUAAAGAUUACUUUGUAAUAUUAAAUUCUGUCCCUACUCACUAUACCGUGAGUAGGGGCAUGUCUACUUAAAAAAAAACAAAAAAAAAUAACUAGGUACCUGUAGAAAAAAAAAAAAAUUGUGGUCUUUUUUCUAAAAUCUUAAUUUUUCAUCCCCCAAACAGGCCAAAUAAAAACCAUAAUACCCGUUGAACUUGUAAAAAAUGUCAUAAAAAAAUCAGACGAAAAAGAAAAAAAACAGACACAAAUAAAAUUAUAAUCCAUCUUCACCCAUGGAGGGCACAGCGCAGACUGAGCUCCGCAGGGUGGGGAAAGGCUUAUAAAGCUUUCACACGCCCUGCAAUUAGCCUCAGAGUGCUGUGUCAUUUUACACAGCGUGGGAAAAUUCCAAAGAACUUUCCCACGCUGUGUAAAAUGACUAGCACUCUGGUUGAACUGCAGGAUGUGGGAAGGCUUUAUAAGCCUUUUCCCGCCCUGCGGAGCUCAGUCUGCGCCAUGCCAUCGCCGAGUGAAGAUGGAUUAAUUUUUUAGCGUCUGGUUUUUUCUUUUUCAUCUUUUGGGGCGCUCAGGUUUAUUUAAUUUUUCAGAAGUUCGACUGGUAUUAUGGUUUUUAUUUGGCCUAUUUUGGGGCUGAAAAAUUAAGAUUUUAGAAAAAAGACGACGUCAAAUGGUAAGUUGUUGUUUUUUUUUGUUUUUUUACAGGUACUUAGUUCUUUUAUUCCCCACUCACUAUUUUUAGGGUGCGGUUAGGUAGGGGUUUAUUAAUUUUUGUUUUGGAGGGGUGACUAGGGGCUUGGGGAUCCCUGGUGACCUUGGGGGCGGAGGGGGUCCCGUCCCCCUUAUUUAUGACCCCCACCCGCUGCUCAGGGGAGGGGGAAGCUAAUAGGUCCCGUCCCCCUUAUUUAUGGUAAUAUGGGGGGCUUAGGGGCAUUUGGGAGUUACUAGGGGGUCAAUUAGAUGUAGUGUAGUCAGGAGGGGGUUAAAAAAACUAAAAACAAAAAAAGUGCUGCUUUAAGUGCUGGAAAAAGAUGUUAGCCAUGUCAUGGGUAUCCAGCAGUCCUCCAUCUGUAUUGCUAAUUGUAAUAAAUUCCCAGAUAUGUAUGUUUGCUAAUGAUUUUUUUUAAAGAGUCUCAACAAAGUGGUGUUUUAGCACUUGAAUUCAGAAAUUCAAGUAAUGCUUUCACUGCUGUUAAAAGUGAAAGCAUUACUUGAAUUUCUGAAUUCAAGUGCUAAAACACCACUUUGUUGACUCUUUAAAAAAAAUCAUAUGUACUUGGCAGUUAUGUUAAAAAUGGUAUUCUUAUUUUCCAAGUGGAACUGAAAUUAUUGUUGUUCAGCUGUUAUGUUGCAGUACAUUUGAAUAAUGAAACCUCGUUAAACCACCCCCCAAAAAAAUAAACUUUUAGCACUGUUUGUUGUCAUAAGUUCUACCUGAUGCCUCAGAGAUGUUGACUCAUAUUGACAAAUUGGGGUUAUUUUGCAUGCUGUGUUCGGCUUUAUGGAUAUCCUGAAUCUCUACAUGAAGAGCAGGCUCAGGUUGUGGUAAUUUGGUGGUUAGUAACCAAAUUUUGCGUUUGUAUUGCUUUUAGUCCACAUCACCAAAUUUGGUCACAUGUUCUGUUUCUGUUCAAAAAUUAAGAAUUAAAAAGCAACUCUAUUACUUGUAAGAAUGGUGCAUGUUCUUUGUGCAUUUCAUAUGCAAUUUAAAGCUCUAAGAAUCUAACCUGGAAGGAAGGCUAUUUAAAGGAACACUAUAUGGUCAGCAACACAAAUGUGUAUUUGUGACUCUGUGGUGUUAAUUAGCCACACUUAAAUUUAAUCAAAACUUGCCUUAUUUCCAACACUGCGCUGCUCCACCCCUGAUCCAUCUCAUAGGCUGACAUCACAAUUGAUCAUAGAAAAGCAUUGGGUUGGCUGAGUCAAUUUUAAUGAUCUCAGCCAAGUGGGUGGGGGCGGAACCAAACACUACCCUGGCCAAUGAGCAUCUCCUCAUUGAGAUGCAUUGAAUCAAUGCAUUUCUAAGAGGAAAAAUCAGCAUCUCUAUGCAGAGUGUUGGAGACUGAACAUCAGUGCACAGCCCCACAAAGCACCUCUAGUGGCCUCCUGACGAGUAGCCACUAGAGGUAUUCGCAGGCUAUAAUCUAAACAAUGCCUAUUCUAUGAAAAUGCCUGCAGGGACAGGCCAUAGGCAACAGAACUACAAUAAGCUGUAGUUGUCCUGGUGACUAUAGUGUCACUUUAAAAAAAGCUUUAGAUGCAAAGAAUAAAGGGUAAUAUAGAUUAAUACGAGUUAAAGAAGGCUGUGCUAUUUCUGCUAUCUACUGUUAACAAAACCAACAAAAGUCUGUUAGACUAUAAAUGCACAGACUAUAUAAGCCAGCUGACCUUUAUCUGCCAAUAAAAUGCUAUGUGUCUGUUUGUAUUUUUUUUCUUCCUGGUUUGUACCAGAGAUGUGGCAGAGCCUUGCAGUAAGGGUAAAAAAAAACAACCAGGAAUGGAUUGCCAUGUAGAUUGAUUAGCUGAUAUAUAGAAUCCUAGAAUGUGAUGGCAGAUAACCAUUCGGCCCAUUUAGUCUGCCCUAGUUUUCUAAAUACAUUCAUUAGUUUUUGGCCUUAUCUUAAGUUUAGGAUAGCCUUAUACCGAGUUACUCUGAUGUACUAACUGUUUGGCUUUCAGCCCACCUCCAAAUGACAGCACGUAGUUAGCAUGUUUCAUUCAGGUGUUUCACUUGUUUUUGAUUUGCAAGCCUUUUACAAAUUUUUUUACAAAGCUAGAGGUUGAAAUAUAAACUCAUUCACGUUUUACUUUAUGGGAUUCUGUACAGCUACAAUAGCCCUUGCAGCUGUUGAAUAUCUUGUUUGAGAUUUAAUUUUGGCCUGCACUACCCUGUCACGUUUUCUCGGUAAUCGUGCAAACCGUUUAGCAAUGGUUAAUCCCCUUAUCUGGGUCCCCAGCAUGCCACAGGUGGUCCAGUGGCGAGCUUCUGCUAUGGUCAUUGCCAUUCAUUAUCUGAGAGUGUCAGCUGACCCCUCUCAGCCAAUUAAUACAAUUCUGUACAACAAAAGUUGUACAGGAUAUACACUAAACAGCCCAGAACUCUUGUUCAAAAAGUCUGCCUUUGCUGUAGAUCGCAACACUUACCAGCCUCUGACAUAAGCUCUGCUCAUUCUAUGCUAUUAACCAGCCAGUCACAAUGCUCUCAUAACUUUUUAUGGCCGUGCCAAGCUUAUGCCAUAAAUUCCCCCAGAGUUCCUUUGAGCAGUAGUUCAUGUCGCAGCUCUCUACUUUAGAAAGUAGCAUGCUAAAUUUCUGUUAAUACUUUUGAUGCCUCUUGUAUAGACUUACACAAUCUCUACAGAGUUAAAUGUCAGUGGCCAUCACUAUUGUUUAGUGCCAUUCAUGACUGUCACAGACAUCAGCUUUGGAGCUACUGUUAAGUUCUUGCUUUCAGCCAGUACAGAUGGUUUUCUCGGGUUGUAAGGAUCCAUGUGAUACUUGCCAGGACUAAAUGCUACAUGCCAAAGACUAGAGGGAGAGCAUACAUUUUGAGUCCUGAUACGUUUCUUUAAUAACCCUGUUUUACUCCCGUUAUUUAAGUCAUAAGUCGUGAUAGAAUGUUUCCAUGAAUGCUCGUUUUUGAGAUUACCUGCUGAUUUUUUUUUUUAAAUUAUUUGUUUUUAAAUCUGAAAUUGUGCUCAAACCAUGUUGUUGCAAACUGACUUCAUUCUUUUCUUCUUGAAUAAUUGUUGCUAAACAUUGAGCUUGUCAAAUACGUUGCAAACAAGCAGACCAACAAUUAUAUGGGUUAACAGUAUACAUGUCCACUUGCAAUUUUACCUGCACACCAUAUAAAUAAUUUUUAUGCUACAUGUAGGGGUGACAAGGUCAUUAUAAGAAAGUUGCCACAGUUUUCCUAACCUGUAUUUAUUUAUUUAUCCUUUCUGACAGAGAACUGAAAGAUAACUUGGGAAGUGAUGAUCCAGAAGGGGACAUACCUGUCUUGCUGCAGGCCACUUUGGCCAGAAAUCCCAAUGUUUUCAGGGAGAAGAGCAUGCAGAACAGAUAUGGAGUGCAAAGUGGUAAGGAGUUUGUUGCCAUUUAGACUCCUAUACAACAAUUAUACAUAAUUUGAUUUUCAUAUUUAUUAGACAUUCAACCUAACCUGGGCGUUUGCAUUGAUAUUUCUUUGUAGUGGUGUCCAGGUAUAACACAGUAUUAUUUGGUAUUCAGUAACAUUCACAUGCAGAAGUGAUGUAUUGCAAACUUCUCUAGCAUUUUAUGUUUUCAAAAUGCCUUUAAGAAUAUUGUUGCUGGUAUUCUCUUUAGCUAAUGAAGAUUUGCUCUGCCACUGGACUGUUUGAUUUCCAUUAAUUUCCAUGCUGAGGCUGGUGGCUAGUGCAGUCUAUGGGAGGCAGUUAUUUCCUUUUCUAACUGGUUCUUUCCAAAUGUUCAUUUUUCACCUUAUUUGCUUAUGCCCACAGGGACAUACAGAACUUCAUUAUAACUAUAACAAUAUUCUUGUCUGGCUCCUGACAGAACCAUUAUUAGUGGGACUUUCUAAGCACUAUAUCUAGUUGUAGUGGUUACGGUGCUGUUAAACUGAAAUGACUUGCUCCCGGUUCUGAGCCACAAUGAUGGUAAUUGGCGGACCUCAGCUCGCCAUAUUGCUAACCUGGAAGAUGGGAAUUUGUUUGCUGAAAUAUUUUGAAUUCUCAUGUUGUUUAUACAUUUGCAAAGCAAAUUGUACAUUAUAACUGCAAAUUAGUACAUUAAGACUGUAAUUCUUCCAGAAUCACAGUGUUUCACUAAUAUUUAAAGUAAUGUUCUGGGCAUUAACAUAACUUACAGGGUUACUCAAAGCACCAUGAUGGUCAUUGUGCUUGGAUUCUGUAUGUGCAGCAUUUCACUAUGAACUACAUCGCCGACAGUUUCAGUUGGGCAUCAUGUCAAUUUUCUGUAUAUUUCUUUGAACAGAGGUAUAUUAAUUGGCCAAGAGCAAUCAGCAUCUUGCUUCUUUAGCUCUGCAGAAGUGGGGUGUCAUAAGCAUGGUGCAAAAGAGACUCAGUGCCUGGCGGGUACCCAGGAAACAGGGCAAACUGUUGUAAAACUGCCCUAUUACCAGGGAACGGUGCAAGCUGUAGUGUUUAUGCUGGUUGGAGUAAUCCUUUAAGUUCAUUUGAUUUUGGUACUAGUGCUGAUUUUUCUCCUGUUCACAUCUCAAGCGUUUUGGUUAAAAGAAAAGGGUUGGGAACUGUCUGCAAUACGUAACUUUAUCCAGUCCUCCUCUUUCCACAAAACAACUUAUAUAUUUGACAUAUUCUGAGUAUGUACUCGGCGUAGCCAAUGAGAGAUGAGUGUGAGCUUAGUUGCGGAUUUUUUUCUGUCCCCACAGCUAAUCACUGUCAACUUAUCUGUAUAGUCUUUCAAAGUUGUACUCAAAAUACAUAUAGUAAGGCAACUGCUUUGUCGAAAGCAAGACAGGGUUAUGCUACAGGACCAUUUUUUUUUCUUCCUUUUUUCCUUUUUCUAGCAAAUCUAAUGAAAUUUGAAUGUGAAGAAAAACACUGCAUCAGUGUGAGGCCAAAAUCUGUCAAAUGCAUUUACUUUUUUUUUCUUUUCUUCUUACUCUUGUAUUAUCGGAAAUUAUUUACUUGCUCCCAUAAUUUCAAAAUAAAGCAUAAACAUAUCUGUAAUCUAGUGCUGGUCCCCACUCCCCGUUUGUCGUCGCUCCUUUCCUUGUGAAAUCCAAUGAAAUGCUUUUAAUAUGAAAGCAUUUGAUUAGGGGAAGAAGAGAGGGAGGGAAGUAUAAAUUGAGUCUGUCUAAAGGAUUAUAGAAAAAUUGUGAGGGCUCAAAUGAAAGAGUGGAGGGAGAUGUAGACUUUUCCUCUCAGCGUUGGGGAAGUUUAUUAUGUCGUAGUCCAGCAUGCAGUGCGUGCUGACGACAGACAUAAUUUGUGUAUAGAAUUAACAGUAGGUAGCCCAGAAAGUAGUGACUUGUGCAGGAAGUGCAACUAGCCUCUGGCACAUAAGUGCAGAUUACUCUGAAUGUGCUGCACUUAAAACUAAAACGCUGAACACACAGGUUCUUACCUCGAUAAACACUUCUAAACGCAAAAGUGGUCAUGGUCGUUCAAGUAACCUUUCAUAUUUUUUGGGUGCUCAGAUUAUGAAUGCAACGUCCUUUUAAAUUAUGCUAAGUCACUGUAUACAGUGCUAUCCUAAAAAUGCUUUAAUUAAACUGUAAUUUCUCAGAAUUUUUUUAAUCUUAAACUUGCUUAUUUUUUAUAUUUAAAUAUAUUUAGCAUAUAUAUUUGUCAGGUGUGAAAAAUAAAAUGUAGAAUCCAUACCUCUUUAUCCUGCAAAUGUAUCUUAGCUACCUGUCUAGAAUUAUUAGCUCUGUCAUUUGGACCGGACAUUUAGCAGAGUGAAAGCAUACGGAGGAGAGAUUAAAUAUUGGUGGAUAGGUUACAGGAUCUGUUGUUAGCUUAACUUGCAAUUAGCAAGGUAUAACUCAGGAGUGCUAUCAGAAGUUCCUUAGGAGCUUCUGACUCUUCGACGUUAGUAGUGGAGGCAAGGAGCAGCGGACCCCUCUGGAUACCAUCCCCUAGUUAUGGGUCAAACCAUAUUUAAAGGGAUACUGUAAUUCCAUGAAUACAAAGCUGAUCCCUCUGCCUCCCCCCUCCUUAGCCAUCCCACCCCCACCCCACUCGGGAUAUAGUUAAAAACACUUUACCUGAUGUCCCUUGGCGCUGUGUCGAAGCUCUGCCCCCUCCUCCGUCCCGCGUGCAAAUUCCUGCGGACAAAUGCCGCAUGCACAUUAGACCACCCCAUAGGAAAGCAUUGAAUUAGUGCUAUCCUAUGGGGGAAAAUCUGACGCUGGAGGUCCUCAUGCAGAGCGGGAGGAUGUCCAGCAUCAGAUAAUGGACCAAAAGUCUGUUACGAUUCCGGAAGCGCUCCCCACCCUGUCUGGUAGACUGCCAUUGAGGGCAGACUUAGAGCUGCAAUGUAAACAUUGCAAUUUCUCUGGAAGUUCAAUGUUUAAUAUUGCAGCACUAGGUGCAAAAGGGACACCGCAGCUAGACAACUUCAAUGAGCUGAAGUGGUCUGGGUGCCUACAGUGUCGCUUUAAGCAUAAAGUGGAAGACUGAACCUAUAGCUUUCUAACUCUGUAACUAUUAUUACAGCAUAUAGUGUUCAUGUUCAUUAGACUGAACUUUUAAGGACCGUACAAAUAUUUUUGUGUUAUCUUAUUUUUCCACUAAAGUAGCAAAUGCAGAAGGGUAAGGUAUUUUAUUUAUAUUUAUAUUUAUAUAUAUAUAUAUAUAUAUAUAUAUAUAUAUAUAUAUAUAUAUAUAUAUAUAUAUAACUCAUUGCCACAGUAAAAGUAAAGCAAAGAAAAGGCGAUUGUGUAAAAAAAAAAAAAAACGGUCACGUACAUGUUUUUGCAUAAUCUGUUUUUCGACUCUGCAGUACAUGCUUUGCAUUUUUCUUAUCCUUAAGUGCACCAAUCUUUUAGCUUACCUUGUCUGUUUUUUUUAUUUUUUUAUUUCAUAUGCAAUAUCACCAUUUUUCAUAUAUAUAUAUAGAGAUAUAGAUAUAUAUAUAGAUAUAUAUAUAUAUAUAUAGAUAUCAUAUAAUAUAAAAAAUACAAUGCAAUUUCCAAUAGGUAGUGGUCCUACAUAUACUUGGUAUUAGCUGCUUUAUUAAAUAUCAUUUGAGUUAUUAAUUAGAUGAAUGUGAAUUUAAAUUUUUGUAUCCUUGUGGUUUUUGUUGUAUAUAGAGAACUAUUUUUAUAUAUAUAUAUAUAUAUAUUAUAUAUUUUUUUUUUUUACUUGGUUGGAAUUAUGUAAACUGUUACUGUAGACAAUGAAACUUGUUAUCCUUUUUUUUAGGGAUGAUGAUGCCUCAGUACAAACUUCCCCAGAAUUCCAUGCAUGGCAGCCCUGCUUCUUCCAAUUAUCAACAAACAACCACUAUCUCUCAUAGCCCUUCCAGGUAACAUAAUUAAAGUUGUAUUAUAUUCUCAUUUGCAUUGCCAUUUCUACAAAACCAUCAGUCAAGAAUGUAAAUUCAGAGUUUUAUUUACCAUAGUGCUAACCUUAGAACUUAAGCCCACCCUUUGGAAUGUACACAUCAUUUUUAUUUAGCAACAUUAAAUUGUUUACAUUAGUGAAUCUGCUACCUCUGACUCUGGGAAGUGAUUCCUUAAAGCGGCACUGUCAUGCCGAACUUACCUUUCCUCAAUCUCUUCCUCUUCUCCCCCUCUCUCAGGAUCUGUUAUUCUUUUCUUCCAGUCUUCUUUAGUUUUCUUUAAAAUCAUAAGACAAAGUAGGGACUCUUUGCCUUAUGGAGGAUUCCUCCGCUUGACCAGCUCUGACCAGCGGAGGAGCAAAGUGUGCUUCAUUUCCGCUGGUCAGAGCAAUUUUCCCAUGAUUCUCACCUUCCCUCUGUGUUCCCACGAUGCUUCCUGUCACUUUACACAAAACUGCCGAAUUGCAUUCUAACUGAAUGAGAACAGUAUGUUCGUUUCUUUUAGAACGCAAUUCGGCGCUUUAUUCGAAUCGCAAUUUCAUUCGAAUGAAUGAAACUCCGAUCCUAUUCUUGCUGUGGCUGCAUCUUGCAGCCGCUUAGUAGAUAAUUCCCUAAUUCCCACGGUAUUAGGGAGCUAUCUACUAAAAGGCUGAAAGACCUAAAUUGGUCUUUCAGCCAACUUUACUAAUACUAAGUAAAUAUUACUUAGUAUCAGUAAAUAAUAUGCCCCUAUUCGCUAUACCGUGAGUAGGGGCAUGUCUAGUAAACAGCGGGUGGGGUCCCCAAGUCAAAUUCCCCCCACCCCAUCAAAGGUGACCAGGGGUCCCCAAGCCCCUAGUCAUCCACCCCCCCACCCAAAUAAAAAUACCCCUACCUACCCCCCUCACCCUAAAAAAUAGUGAAGGGGGAAUAAAAUAACUAACCUGUAAAAUAAAAUUAAACUUACCAUUCAACGUCUUCUUUUUUUCUCAAAUCUUCAUUUUUCAGCCCCCAAAAAGACCAAAUAAAAAACCAUCAGGAGGGGGCUUAAAUAAAAAAAAAAUAAAAAAACACAGGAUUCGGCAUGACAGUGCAGCUUUAAGCAGUGUUAGAGAUUGUUUCUGUUUUAUCAGAAUUGAAUAUCUGUAUCCACUUGAAAGGUUGUGACCUGAAAGAGACUCCUUGAUAUUGCUCUCUUGAUAAAUAUAAUAUGCUAAAUGUUAGGGAUGCAUUUACGAUCAGGAUUUUCACCAACAUCAGAAUUAUAUCAAAUUGUAAUGAAUGGCAAAAUUUAAAAAAAACAUUCAUGAUGUGAGUGGCUUUGUGUUGGAGCAUUUCUAUAGAUUCGCUGUUUUUUGCCUUGUUUUUGCAGGUUCAAUUUCAGUUGGCUACAAUUCUGAGUUUAAUAAUUGCGUAAAUAGUUAAUUUCAGUGAAUUCAUGCCUACUGUGCACAGUAACAAAGUUGUUUUUCCCCAAUUAUAAUAAACUGUUUAAUAAAAGUGCAAUAAAUAUUGUUUUAAAAAAAAAUCAAUACAUCAUUCAAUGAAAUCUUAUUCAAUAGUUUUUUAAAAUGGUUUUUCAAAAUUGUUGUUAAGCACAUAAAAUAACAAUUAUGCAAACGCUUAGUAGAUUUACCCCUUAAAAACAAAGUUGUCAGGGUUCUUUACAGGGCUAAUGUAAGAGAUCUAUAGCCCUAGUGUUCAAAACAUACAGUGUGUAUGCUGAUGUGUACUAUUGUCAUUGCUGCUGCCCAGGGGUAGUGGGAGUUUGAGUGCAGGGUUUAAUUUUGUAUGUUUAUGUUUAGUAAUUAAAAUUGAAUUUUCCUUUUCAGUCGAUUUGUGCCACCUCAAACUAGUUCUACAAACCGGUUUAUUGGCCAACAAAAUAGCCCUGUUCCUAGUCCAUAUGCUCCCCAAAGCCCUGCAGGAUACAUGCCAUAUGCCCACCCUGGAAGUUAUACACAGCAUCAACAAAUGCAACAAGGUAAUACAUACGGUCACUUACUGCAAUGCUUCUCUCUGUUCUUCUUUACACUAAUCUCUUACCACUGCAACAUUUUAUCAUAUGCUAUGAAUGACUUGAAUGUAGACAUAAGCUAAAGCAGCUUUAUUUGGUAGUACUUAAGCCCAGUAGUCAACAUGGUAUUGUUUUGUUCCUGUCUAGGUUGUAUUUUUCUUUGAAUUAAGAAUUCUAAAGAAUUAAACAUAGACGUAUGGCUAAAACAAAUUCCAACAUUGCUGGGCUUAGGACCUGUUAAUUGAAAAGACCUAAUGGGAAAUCUGUGAAUCGAUGUACCAUGCUGUAUAUAUUUCCAUGUGCUAUUUGCAUCCCAUUUGUGUUCUUUAUCCAUUUUUUUCCUUUCUUUGUUUUGCUGCUCCCACGUUUUUUUUCUUCUUCCAUUUUUCAAACUGUACUUUCUAAUACUGUAUGUGCAUAAAAUUAAUGCACAUGUAAACUACUCAGAACAGAUUUUAUGUUUAUCUCUAGUUCUUGAUAAUUUGUGUCAUUUUUGCAAGUGCAACUUUUCAUGUUUGCUGUCAAUUUCCCAAUCCAUGUGUGUACUAUUGCUGGGGGGAAAUAUUUAAAUAUUUUAACAGCUCAUAACCGCAUACAUUUUGUAAAUGAAGUCUCCUUGUGGUUCCUCACAAUGUAAAUUUAAUGUUAUCAGAAAUUCCUUGCAAAGGUUUUGCUAAUGCUGUGACAUUACAUAGUCAAAAUUGGCAUGUGCAGAAAUCCCUGAAACAAAUUUCAUCACUGUUCUGUGAUUAUCUACUUGAUCACCACAGUAUAGUGAUAAAACCAAUUGCAGUAAAUACAUUUUUAAAAAUGUAAAUGGAUACUCUGGACACUGACAGAGUUCAUAUUAAACAAUACAUUUUACCUAGUAAUUCAGAUGCCCUGUGGUCUCAUAUUGUACAUAGCGGAGCAGAACAUGUGUCCUUAUGGCACAGUUCCACAUGCAAUCCCAACAUAUUCCUGAAACAAAACUAUAGCUGCUUGUAAAAAUUAUUUAUUUAAAUACAUUUUAACAGUCGUCACUCUUUAUUUCUCCCAUAUGUAGCAUCUGUCUCCAGUCCGAUAGUUGCAGGUGGACUCAGAAAUCUGCAUGAAAAUAAAGUCUCCGGUCAGCUGUCUGGUAACGCUGCAAACCACCAUGCAGACAACUCUAGACAUAGUACUAGUGAUGAUUAUCUCCAGAUGGUACAUAGGUUGGGAAGUGAGGUAUGGCCACAAAUGAUGCCUGCACUGAAUAUAAAUGUGGGAACUGUUAAUUGUGUGUAUGAAUGGCAUGGCAAUAAUAAAAUUAACUUAAUGCUUGCAAAUUUGCAACAUUCAAACAUAUAGCUGUGAACUUUACUUACUUUGUCAAAAUGUAACAUGUUUAAAGAAAAUAUGCUAAUUUUAUGAAAACAUUUUAGACUUUUACUUUUAAUACUGAAUGAGAUAAAAUAUAUAUGCUCUUUAUAGGUCAAAUUGUUUCCCUGAUCCAUUUGAAAUUUGCAUAUGUAUUGCAUCAUUUACACAUUUUGAAGUGUGUUGUUUCAAAAUGUUAUUUUAAAGGAAGACCUUUUAAUCAAAUCUUAUUUGUUUUGUGCUCUUUGUACAGUAGUGCGGUCUAUUAUUGAAUUAAAUUGUUUGUAUACAUCCAACAUGUUUUUGUUUUUUUUCUCAUGAAUUGACCCAAUGUAAUUCCUUUUCUCAUGAUAUUCGGUCAUCAGAAAUGCAUUUCAGAAAUUUGGUGCCCAAUAUUAGAUAUCACUAAUCUAAGUACUGGCAAAAUGUAUCUCUUGUUCAGCCUGAACCAUUGUUUAAUUUGCUGCUUCAGAGAGUGAAGAUCAACCAGUUGCUUUAAAACCUUUUUACUUGGCAAAUUAAUGUUCAUUCACACCUAAGAAUUGUUUUGUGUGCAAUACAAGAAUUCUUGAACAUGCUGCAUGAUAACAUUAAAUGUUAAGUAAUAGUUGUUUUUAUUGACACAUGCACACCUUUAGCCAUUUGCAUUUCUUGUUAAUGUGACAGCCUUUCAUUAUGGGCGUGAAAAUAUUCCCAUAUUCGCUUUCUCAAAUACACUCCAGUUUAUAGUUGUGCUAAGAUUUCCUAUCAUUGCUAUCCCCCUACCUGUUGUGCCAAUUUACCCAGUCUAAUUUUGCAAAAGAUUUUUGUUUGUGUGGUGAACUGCAUAGUCACCAGCAGUAUGUUAUUAUAUAGCACUGUGUACAACCAGAUGAGAGAGUGAUAAUUAUGCAAUCACUCCUGUGUAAGUAUUUUUUUGGUAAUAUUUAAAACACUUUACUCUGUUUUUAGGAUAGUGAUUCUUCGAUUAGAAAUCCUGCCUCCUUUUCCCUGCGCUCUCCACAGUCCGUGUGCUCUCCAGCGGGCAGCGAAGGGACUCCAAAAGGUACAGUUUUGGUUCAAAUGUCUCCGAUAUGAAACAGCUGUGUUAAAAAACCAAAAAAAAACAGAACAGAUGAAUUUAAUUGUUUUUCACACACAAUUGGCAGACUAUGUAGGUGAUUUUAUUGGCUGCAUAAAUAGAAAUGAUUCUCAAAAAGGGAUUCCACUGUUGCAGUACUUUCUGAUCUGGCCAAUCUGUCAGAGCAGAAUUAGUGACUUGUCUGUUAUUCGCAGCUGGUUUUAUCAGCACUAAAGACAUUGAUUGGUUCCUUUUCUUUUGAUAAGAAAGCAAACACAAUUUUCUCCAACAAGCUUUGUUUUAUUUUGCCCUUCUUGGAGGCAAGAACUUUAAGGUUAAAGGAAAAUUAUUAAAUUGCAUAUAUUUCCAAGGUUGUCUUUGGAUUGGUGUAGUAAUGUGUAGUAAACCACCAAUGAAACAACUCUUCAUGUUUAUAGAAAAACACCACUGCCACUUUGUUUGGUUUUUAUACUUUGAGCAAUGACUGUCUAAAGUUACAAUAUACUGUCCCCUUUUAAUACUAGUAAAAUUGCUGUGCUUUUAUAGAAACAAAAGACACAAUAUUAUUUAACCAAUGACUACUACUAAAGAAAACAAGAAACAUACACCGAAUCCAAAAUUAGGUGCAUGGUCAUGGUACUGUUUUUACCACUCUGCAAUUAUUUAGAUUAUCGGCAACUGAUAAUUUCCCUUUAACCCUCUGCAAGAUUUUUUUUUCUUUUUUUUUCUCUGAGAAGCUUGGUAGGCCAGUUUUGCAUAAAGACCAAAAGCAUCUCCAAAAUGUGGAUGACCUUUUCUUAGUGGCACAUCUACCAGGAUCAUGAGUUGAGAUGCAUCAGUCACUGGCUUAAGCACUGAGGGCUAACGGGGAAGGAUUUAUGCAGGUUAGAAACAAAACUACUGUGGACUCAAUGACUCAACAAGCCUACGAUCAACACUGGCUACGGCGAAUAUUGGGAUGCAUUUCAAAUUCAACACUAAAUGCAGCACGACAGACUUAACUAGUGGACAACUUGCCAUUUAAAAUCAUAGUCUGAUGAGACUGUGCAGAAUCUACUUGUCAACAGAGAGCAGAUGGUUACAGUGAAUGAAAUCCUUUGGGAGAGGAAAUAUAAUUCGUCCGUGUUCUUCGCCUUACUAGCUCUACAUGGAGUUUACCGAUUACAGUAUCUUUCUACCCUAUCAUCCUGAACUGCAAAGAAGUGAAUUGCUUCAAUUUGUCAAUGCAGCAAAAUUAAUUUAAUAAAGGAUGGUCAUAUCCCUAUUUGCUUAUGUUGCAGAGGUUAACCUGGCUCACACCUGGCUUUGUCUGUAUAGCUUCAGCAAGUUUCUCCUCCAUGUAAUAUAAAUUUGUUACACCCAAGGCAAUGUGAAACUUGCUUCUGUGUUUUAGUAUUCAUUCCACUUGUCUUAAUUGAAAAUCUUUCAGCCCAACAGAGAGGUGAAGCUUCACCAUUUCCGUUGUAUUUUUUUUGUGUGUGAUAGUUAUUUAUAUUGUUCAGAGAUGCUGUAGUGUAUCAGUAACAAGCAGGUUUUAAUAUAGUUACUGUUCCUCUAAAAUGUAAUAAGUCUGUAUUUUUAAAUCAGCCUUAACUACUUCGUUUUCUUUUAAACACUUUUUUUUUUAAUUUAUUUUUUUUUUUAUAUGAAGAAUCAUUUUCUGCUCAGAUCUCCAUGUUUUUAGUAAAGAGGACGUUUUGGGAGACCAAAGUUGGCUGGUAAUUCUCCUGUUGGUUAGUAGAAUGCUGAGAAGGUGCAUUAAGGGUGUAACAUUGUGUACAGCAUGUGUUUAUUACAUAUGUAAUAAACAGUGUAGUUGUAACCAUAUAUCAAUGAGAUUGAUAAUGGAUCGACUCCCAGAGGCUUUAUUUUAUUUUUUUAUAUAUUCUUAGUUGUUCAAAAUUCCAUUUGGAUUUUUCUUUGCCACUUGAUGACUUCAUCUUGAAGACUGGAAUGGAUGGUCCAAAAUAGUGGAUGCCAUAUUUUCUUUAACCUUGUUUUCACUGCAGAUCAGCUUUGCUUAACAUUUUCAUAGCUGAAAACUCACUCUUAAUUCAGUGGUUACUUCUUCUUGGACCAUUUAGGGUCAGCUGACAAAUGCUUUGUUUCGCUUGUUACUUUCUACAAAUGAUUAACUUUUACGAGAAAUAUCACCCCCCCAUAUUAUUAAAAGCUUCCAUGCUUUAGAUGUAAUAUCAGAAUUGGUAUGUAGUUUUUCUUUUCAGUUGGUUCAAAGAUAUCCAACCAUUAUGGUUCCAUUGACCCGAAAAGAGCAUAUGCUUGAUAGCUUGUAGACCACUAAUUAAAGAACAUUGUUCUUGUCAUUAGACAUCCUUGUGUUGUCCAAUUCCACACAUCCCUUAUAUACAGCAAAAUGGCCUAAAAAACAAAAAAUUUAUCCGUAGCCUAAUCUUUACUUCUCCUAACACUUACUGUUCAUAUAGCAGCAUUCCAGGAUUGUUACAAGUAUUAUAUGUAACUAAAUACAUAUUGCAGACUGAUAGGCAUGGCUCGUUAGAGCAGAUAUACUUCAAUGUAUGUAGAAUCUGGUCCCAUGUAAAGCUUACUACUGGUUCUUGGCUAUAGUUUCUUCAGGAACACAUGGCUCCGGGUGCCUGGUGACCAGAAUUCAUCCAAUAAAAGCAAAAAUAUAGUGCUCAUUUAUAUUUUACAAAAUUGUUUCAUGUUCAGACUCCAACUAGAAUUCCUGCCAGAGGUCAUGUUAUUUAUAUAAAGAUCACUUUUAUUAUUAAUUGAAGGAAUCCUGCUCUUUUUGUAACUUCAAGCCUCAUAAUUUCCUCUCAAUUUUUAUUCCUUGAACAAUCAACAAACCGUCUUCCUUUCCACUGAAGCGGUCAGCUUAUGGAUGUUUUCAGUUUUGUUUAUUCAGAUCCUUUUGGAGAUUCAGGGUUUGCUUUUAAAAGACAUUGUUUUCUGAAGAGGCUUUAACUUACCGAAUUGUUUCUUCUAUUAACUAAUAUUGUGUCAGCUCCUCACUGCCAUUCUAACUAGUCGUCAUAUCUCCUUUUAAACACCAAGUUCAGCCUUCAAGAUAACUAGGCCUAAAUCAUUUUCUGGACAAUGUUAUCUUGGUGAAAGAAUCUCCAAUUGCCCUUAAAAUUUCCAUUUUCCCUCCUUACCAUUGAGGUUGUCUUUGGUCAUUCAACUAAUUCUACACUGACAGGUCUCUGAAAGGGAAAUUUUAGUGAUUGCAGAAUUAGAUUUUUGCAAGCCAGUGCUGCUGGUGCAGUAGACAGUUUUCUCUAGUGUCCUCAUUAUUCUCCGCUUACCCCUGGCUUUUAUAAUGUACGCUGUACUUAUUCCAGUUGAGGAGGACAAGUAAAGGGCCAGAUUCCUUAAAGUUCUGCUUCCAGCUGUGAGUAACAGACAACCCAUUAAUUUUGCACUGACAAUAUGAAUAUAGAACAUGAUUUAUAGUAAUUGAAAGUACUUUCUUCCUACAUAUCUUUUUAGUCCCCCAUUAUAAUGUCAUGUUUUUUUUCCAUUUUAUUUAAAAUUUAUAUGUAGUUUAAUAAUCAGUGCUGGAUAUGGACAGAGCAUAGUAUUGCGGAAAAUAUUAAAAUAUGGUUGCUUUUAGAAUCACCUGACAUAAAAUACUUCUAUAUUACAGCAAUAAAUAUAGUACACAGAGAUGUCAAACAAUGAGUGUAUUCUUUUACAAAUACUAGUAGAUCGUCUUGAAUUUGGAAAUUAAUAAAUUCUGCUUGGCCAUGUAACUCUAAAGAUUGAGAUUUUGCACAGAGCAUGAUUCCCUUCUCCAUUUAUUCUUUAUGUAGGAUCAAGACCAUUAAUCCUACCGACUCCUCCUUCCUAUGCUUCUCCCCGAGAUGCUCAUCCUGACAUACUGCUGGACUCCCCAGACAGAAAACAGAAGAAACAAAAAAAGUUAAAAUUAAGUAAAGACGAAAAGGAGCAGAGUGAAAAGUCAGCCAUGUAUGACAUCAUUAGCUCUCCCUCAAAGGACUCCACUAAGCUUACCUUAAGACUCUCACGUGUCAGAUCUUCUGAAAUGGACCAGCAAGGUGACCUUCUCCCCAGUAUGGAGGAUAGCAAUGUGUCAGAGGGAGAUUCCUCGUUCAAUAUACAGUAUCCUGGGCACACGUCAAAAACACCAAUAACUCCACAUGACAUAAGUCGCCCGUUAAAUGCUGCUGCUUGCUUUCAGGAGCAGGCUGAUUUCCUUCACGUGCAACAAGUGCCCGUCCUACAGCCCAACACAUCAGCAGCUGCAAAACCGCCUCAACCUCCUGUGGCUCAGUCACAGCCCCAACAAACAGGAAGCAUAACGCCAUACGACGAAGUGGAACUGGAUGCACUGGCAGAGAUCGAGAGGAUAGAACGUGAAUCUGCCAUUGAGAGGGAGCGUUCUUCUAAAGAAGUUCAGGACAAAGGUAAUAUUGUUUAACUCUUCCAGGGUCAAACAAUUCAAGGAUUUUGGAGUGUUAUUUCUGUGUUUGAGAGCCAUGCACAAAAUAGGGUUAUGCCUGCAAACUUAUCCACACCUGGCUCUAUAAAAAUAGUUUUACAACCAAGAAUGAGCAGAAAACAAAGCUUUCUGCAAGCAGCUGGUUUGUCCAGUUAUACAGGAGGUGUUUUGAAAGUAGUGUUUCAAUAGCACGAGUUUCCCAAUGUAGAUGGUUUGAGGAGGAUUUGGAAUUAGGGACAUAAAGGAGAUGUACUAUUUUAACAUUGCCUAAAACGACAGUGGAAAAAACCAGCAUAGAUUUCUUGGCCGCCUAUGUCUGGAACUUUUUUUUUUAUAUAUAUAAAAUGUCUUAGAAUAUGCUAAUGUUGUAUACUUUUAAGUAAAUCUUAAGAAUAUAUCAUUUACAUUUCAGUGCAAUUUCUCAUUACAUGUCCUAAUGUAGUCAAAACAUGUUCUGAUGUUUUUCUUGGUUAACCACAUUCUGUGGGUGUUGAUAUUAUCCUCAGCUAGUAAUAGCUAGUCUGUUGCAGAAGUUAUUAUUUUAUGAACUUAUGAUUUUAUAUUUGCUCUAUUUGUAUGUUUUACUGGUUCUGAACUUUUCUUUUUGCUUCUGCGUUUGAUUUCUUUUGUGUAAAUCCUUUAAAUACUUUUAAUACUUCCUAUAUGGAUUAAAUCUAGACUGGGACACAGUGGGGAAAUACACCAAGACGUUGAUGCUUAUGUGUUUCUUGCCUCAAUGGCACUUCAUCAGAGAUAAAAUAAAGCAUAUUCAUUUUCAGUGAAUAAAGAUGACCACAUGCUCAGCACGGUGAAAUGGGAGCUCUACAGCUCAACAUAACUAAUUGUAGAUUUUAAACACACAUGUGCUGGACUUGUGUCCCUAACUCCAUGGACAAGGGUCCAUACUAUCAAUGGAAGUUGGCAAGAAUACAGGGCUUAUGAAUAGCUAAAUCACACCAAAAGGCUAAAAAAAAGCCAGAGAAUCAAUGAUUAGUGUUAACUCCUAUUAAUCAUUAACAAACUGACUGAAGAUUUUCAGGUCAAAAGAGUUCAAUGUUGAAGUCACUAAAGAGGAGCAUUACUUCACACACAAAUUGGAACAAAUCAGAGAGAGUAGAUGCUAAAUCCAAAUUUAAAAAACAGAAAUCCUGAGAAUGUAAACACACAAAACAAACAAGUGUGCCUCACAUUGAUAACCUAGGUAAUCUUUUGGUUAUAGGGAGAGUUGACAAAAUUUACAUUAACCUAAAUAUGCAGCAACAUUGUAAUGUAAUCUAACUACACUAAAAAGAGUUAAUGUUAAUAUAAGCUUUAUAGAAUAAGGCAGCUAUAAUAAGCUAAAGACAUCAACUCUAAUAGUAGGACUUGGGAACUUUGCUGACUAAUGCUCAGAUGUUAGGAUGGAUUGGUAUAAUAAAGGGUCUUAUCUACUAAACGUUGCAUAAGAAGUUAAUGUAAAUUUUGAGUCAUAUAUUCUCAGGCUCUUGUAAACAUAUUGGUGCGAUAUAAGAAAUUGUAGCUUCUGAUUGUUAGCAUCACUUGCUGUGUGGAGUAUUUUAUAUAUAAAUGUGUCUGAGAGAGAGAAAAUUGCUCUUCAAUUCUAAGGGCUUCAUGUAUCUUUCUGAAAUAACAGUAAGUUGUGAGUGCCAUUGGGUGGUUAUUUGUAACAUUAACAAAGUGCUGUACACUUAUAUGUUGUGUAGGGAUAUUCAAAGUUAAUUGAAAACCCCAAAUGCCUUCAGUUUUUAUUAAAAGAAGGGUGUAUUUGUGUAAAUUACUACAACAGUGCUCCAAUAGUUUUUUUUUUUUUUUUCUGGGUGAUUGUAGUUGGAAUCUUCGCCACAUUACUGAUUUCAAAUUGCACUACAAAAGAUUCAUUAAAACUUACACAGCUCUCCAAAAGAGGGAAGAGGGUUUCCUCUGUGUUUGGGACUGGGCUGACCAAACCACUUUUUAACUCGCUUUCUUUGAUUGACUAUACAUUUGUUUAAAUUAAAUGUGAGAAGCAAAGAUUACAUAAAUGUGCUAGGAAUAAACAUUUCCUGACAAAGAUGACCUAUCCUCAUAUUUAAUGUAUGUUGUCAUGGCCUUCAUAUGUUGGUAUUCAAGAGUUGCUUCAACUGUAUGCUCCUGUGUUCCAUUGUAAUUUUACUUGUAUUCCUUUACAUUUCUAAUAUGUAAAUUUGUCUUUUCUAGAUAAACCAUUGAAGAAGCGCAGACAAGAUUCCUAUCCAUUAGAAGCUGGGGGUGCUACUGGGGGAAAUAAACCAGCUUCCCAGGAAACUGAUACAGCAGGAAAUGGUUCAAGACCGGCCCUGAUGGUUAGCAUUGAUCUUCUACAUGCUGGCAGAGGGGACACUCAGGCAUCUGUAACUCAGGACUCAGACUUUGUCAGAAAGCCUGAAGACACAAAACAUUGUAAUGAUGGAUAUGUUUCUGGGACACAAGAGGAUACAUUGGGAGUCCUUAAACAUAACCCUGAAAACAAUCCAGGAACACCAAGAAAUGUGUCUGAUUUGGAAGCUGAGAAUCCUGAUAAGUUGAUUAAGAGCACACCUACUAAAUUUCCAGCAGAGAUCUUGCAGGAAGAACUGCAGAAUGAAACCAAACCAUCAAUUAUCAAAGCUGAACCUCCCGAGACGAAUGAGGAACAAAUGGUUUCAGAGGACAGCAAAAUGGAUACAAAACCUGAAAGCUGUGAAUUAAGUUGUGAGGACACCAAGGUAGAAAACAUGUGUGUUGGUGAGGAUGUAAAGACUGAGAAUCAGGUCAGUGAGACCACGAACGAUGACAAGCCUUGUGAUGAUGGAGAUCCUGCAGAAAAUACAAACCUUAGUGACUCUAGCAUGGACACCACGGAAGAGCUAAGAAAGAGAUCGACUCCUUCCAAGCAACGGACUGAAGGCAAGCAAGACUCCUCUAAACCAAGAAUAGAGGGGAAAUCGGAUACACCUCGACAAAAGAGUGAUGCAAAACCUGAACAGCCAAAACAAAAGAGCGAUGGGAAAUCAGAACCCAGGCAAAAGAGUGAAGGAAAGCCUGACACACCCAAACAGAAAAGUGAAGGGAAGCCUGAUGCAUCCAAGCAAAAGAGUGAAGGGAGACCCGAGACACCCAAACAGAAAAGUGAUGGAAAGAGCGACAUGCCCAAACAAAAGACUGAGGGCAAGUCUGACACAACCAAGCAGAAGAGUGAUGGGCAACCAGAAACACCUAGACAAAGAAACGAUGGGCGCCCAGAAACACCUAAGCACAAGAACGAUAACCGGCCAGAAACACCAAAGCAUAAAAGUGAAAGUAAGCCAGAAACACCUAAACAAAAGAAUGAGAGUCGGUCAGAUACGUUAAAACAGAAGUCUGACAGUAAACAGGAGUCUCACCGUCAGAAGAGUGAUGAACACUCUGAAGCAAGCAAACAAAAAGUGGAUACUCCGAAACACAAACACGAUAACAGAAGAGAUUCUGUCAGAUUAUCUUCUGAUAAGAAACCAGAUAUUUCUAAGCAUAAAACCGAUUCCAAGUGUGAGUCCUCAAAAACAAAGUCUGAAAGUCGGUCAGAUGGAGGAAAACCAAAAGUAGAUGGGCGACCUGGACAUGAGUCUUCAAGGCGUGACCAUGAGAACACAAAACAGAAGUCAGAUGACAAAGCUGAUUUAGAUCGCCAAAAAGGGGAUCAACUUAGAGUUAGGAGGCCUGAAUCCCUGAGGUCAUUCAACAAAAGUGAGCAGGAGGCAAAACACGGGGUGAAUAAAUCAGAUCCAUCAAAAGUGGAUAAGUCCGAAAGGAAGCACCGACAUGAUUCAGACGACUCAAGAGAUAGACUUUCUUCUGGAGAACAAAAAUUAAGGUCAAGCAGCCCUCGAAUUAAGGGUGAUAGUAAAUCGGACUCCAGUAAAUCAGACUCUAGUAAACCUAAAUCAGAUAAACCUGUGUUAAGAUCUCCCUCUGGUAAAGAUGAGAAAAGGACAGAUGGUAACAAAAGUAAGGUGGAUGGGAAUAAAGCCAAUAGUGACAACAAAACGGGGUUCCCAAGUUAUUUGUUGGGUGGGAGUCAGGGUGCACUGAAACACUUCGUCAUUCCAAAACUCAAGCGGGAUAAGGAUGGCAAUGUUACCCAGGAUCCUAAACGGUCAGAACUAAAAGGGGAUCAGAAAGAGAAAUCUGGAAAAAUCGGUCUUGUGGAAGAUCUUAACAAGGGUGCUAAACCUGUAGUAGUUCUUCAAAAACUCUCUUUGGAUGAAGUGCAGAAAUUGAUUAAGGAACGAGAGGACAAAUCAAGAAGUUCACUCAAGUCCAACAAGAAUAGGCCAUCUAAAUCCAGCAAAGGUAAGUGCUUACACUUUGUUUUUCCAUUAUAUGUUUUGAUUUACAUUGAUAGCUAAUAUUUGUUUUUAAUAUGGAAGUCCUUAUGUGUGGGUCAUUAGUUGUAGCUAGAAUUGAAAUGGCUACAGUUUGUAUGAAAUACUUUUCUUACAGUUUAACAAAGAAACAAAACUAGUUCUUAAACCCAUCUCCUCUGUUACUGGUUCUAUAAUGCAGCAGUGACCUACAAGUGCUAGGGCAUAGAUUCCCCUUUAAAUAGUUGCUUAUUCUAAGGAAUGUAAAGCUCUUUUUUUGCUCAGCGUUCCUAUAGCUGAAUAAGUUUUCUGUGAGAGUUCAUGGAGCUGAAUAUGUUCUUUUCUAUCUUGAUUGUUAUUGUUGGUUCUAUUUGUACAGAAUGAAGCUAGCAGUAUGAGUACCCUUAGGAUUCUGGUGAAAUAAAUUAUUUCAAAAGUUGACAUGUACGUGGUUGCCAGUGAGGGAAAAUAUUGGCACUGUCGACGAUUGGACUAGAUUUCACAGAAUCUAGUAUGGCUGAGUGGUAUUACCAAUCAUUACCAUUGGUAAGACGAGCCAUUGCUGCAUUGGCCUGUCAGACUUUUUUUAUUUCUCACACUUAUUAUUCCUUGGACUCUGGCCUGGUUUUUUGAAAAUAUCGCAUGCCCCUUUUAAAGAUAACUGCUGGUUUUAACUCAGUUUGAUGUAAAUUAUUUGAUCAGUUUGAAUGAAAUAAAACUGCUUCUAACGUUUUUGUUUGUGUAAAAAAAAAAAAAAAAAAGCACCAAAAAAGCUCAAACUUAAACACAAGUUUCAUAUCAAUGUGUAUAGAUUUCUGAAAUGCAUUUAUUUAAAGUAAUAUUGUUGGUGUACAGUUUUACGAUUAUGUUUUGUGAAACUGUUGAAUGAGGAUUUUUUAAAAAUAAUUUUAUUUUAAUCAAAUUCCCAGUGUGUUUAACGGUGUGAAUUAACUUAAUGCUUUUCUUUUGUUUGUACUUGCACUUUCGGCCAAUUGUAAUAUAAAAUAUUUGUGGAUUUUGCUUAUGGAUAGUUGUUUCAGAAAUUAUUGGAUGUGCGUUCACCUACUUGGUUGUAUGCCAAUGGGAAGGACUGAAGCCCUCUUUUAAACUUUGAUUACCAGGGCUAGAUUAAAAUAUCUUUUAAUGUGGAUUAUUUAAUGCCUAUUAUAUAUUCACGUUUACUAGUGUAAAAAAAGUAUGGUAUUUUCUUUUUGUAUAUAUGGAGGAAUAAGACUGUAUUUCUUGUAUUGGAAAGUUAAGAGUGGAACUAUGGUGCUAGCUAAAAUAUUUAUGGAUUAAGGACUGCCUGAAUAUGUAUCGUAGUGGCAAGUGAAAAUAACCCCUGUCCAUGUUCUAACUGAUACAUUUUGGUAUUGGGACAUUUUUCCCUUUAACACCCCUUAAGGACCAAACUUCUGGAAUGAAAGGGAAUCGUGACAUGUCACACGUUGUGUUCUUAAGUGGUUAAGGUCCAUUAUUACUCCACUAGAUGGCAGAGGGUGGAUCCUGUCCAAAUUUAGAAGCAGAGAUGGGCAUUUUUCUUUAGAAGAACCGUAAUUGUUUACCCUACUGCAAUGCACUUUGGCUGCAUUGUAUUCCAAAACCUGAAAUUGCAGGUUUACCAUAUACUAGGUUUAUUUCUCCCUGGUAGAAACAAAGUAGUAAAAUAACAGCAUUUUUAUUAUUUUUUUUUAUAAAUAUAAUUGCUCUUCAUAUGUUUAAAAAAAAAAGCAAAAAAAAAAGCAGGGGUAUGUUGAUGGGAAAGCCCCAGACUUCUGCAUAUGGAUUUUUUGCCUCUGGCAAAUUGGUAACUGAUGGGCUCUUGUAUAGCAGGGGUUUCUCUGUUAUUUUUAAUGGAGCUCACAAGGCAGGCACUUAUUUUCUGUAAACUGAGAGUGAACUCCUGUAUUGUUCAGAUUUAUAUUCUCUGUAGUGUGUUUAUAUAUACACAUACAAAAACAUUUUUUUACACAAUAACGCAUUUUAUAAUCCUGUACUGCAGCUGUGAUAGUGCCAUCUAUGCAAUUAGACCCCUUGAUGUAAAGAUCCAAUUAUGCAGCCUGGAGGCCCUUAUUUAAGGUGAUCAAGGGACAUACAUGUCCCAAUCUGCCAAGUUUGGGAAUUGUACUCCUGAGCAGUACUUACCACUGUUUAAUGAUGACUGUAACCCCCACUAAUAUUAGGCAGCACUGGAACAUGUAUGUCCCAGUGCUGUCCUUGCAGAUACAGUAUGUUAUAUUAUAUUAUAAAUUAUUCUUUAUUGGUUUGUGCAUUUACAUGAUUUGUAGAGUAUAUAUCUUUGCAGUAAAUAUUUUGUUUUAAUUAAAAGAAAGGAGGCAUUACAUGUAACAUACAACACUCAUGAUUUUUUUUUUUACUUUUGUAGUUUUGUCUGGAUAGUUGUGUAAAUGUUUUUCACUUUGGCUUUCUUUUUUUUUCUUAGUAAAGUGUAGUUUGCUAAAAUUUUAAUUUGCAGUCUUUGUAGUUAGAGACUACAUAAUUUUUGCCCCCUUAAUUCUUAUCCAUUUUGAUCAAAAAAUGUUUUGCCUCGUUUCAGGCUUUUUCUGAAAAUUGAAACACAAAUUACCUGGUUGAUCAUUUUAUUUCUAAUAUUUUGUCAAGCACAAUGUGCUUCCAUACAAAACAUGUUACAGUUCAUUGAGAAAUGAUCAGCUAGAUCAAAUAUCUAAAAACAUGGUUUCCCAGACUGUUUUGGAUCAAGUCGGACCUCGGUGUGAGAGGUGUGUUUUUUUUGUUUUUUUUUAAACCAUCAUCAUUGGUUGAUAAUCGUCACUAUUUAUUUACAGACUUACCUGAGAUAUGUCUAUCUUUUGAACUGUUUGCCAGAUAAGUCAAUUUAUGGCACAGUGGUAAAAAACGACACGUUUAUAUAGCAUGGUAGGUAACUCAUUCCUAUCUUGUCUCCAGAGGGCAAUCAAAUGCAAGAAUGAUGCGAAUGUGUAAAUGGAUUAUUUUUUUUUGUUUACCUUGGUUAUUAUUGGCUGUAAAUUCUAGCACAAGUUGGCAUUGUAGUUACUGUGUGGUUAUGUUUUAAAAUGCAUAUAGCUUAAUAUGGAAUUAACAAAAUUACUGAAGAGUGAAAAAAGAUUAAAUAAAACUACAUGGGAAGCUAUAAUAUGAUCUAUAUAGUCACAUCAUGGGGUUGGGGGGGAGAUUUCUGCACAUUAUGUAAUCUCAGAGGAAUUCAUAGAUUGUAAACUUGUUAGUGCAAUGCCUUCACUUGUCUGUCAACGUCAUUUUUCUGUCAGUUGUUAAUUGCAAAGUUCUGCAGAAAAUGUGAAUGAUCUAUAAAUACGAAUGUGUGUGUGUGUGUAAUACUGGGCUCAUCAUUCUGGCCAAAUCCCAUUAUAACAGGUACGUGCCAGAAUUGAAGAUUAUAUUAGCUUUAGUGUACUAAUAAUCUUAAUUUUAGUAAUGAAAGGAGGCGAAUAUUUGCAUAUCUUUCUUUACUGAAAACUCCAGCAGCAACGAGACAUAACAACCAAUCAGAAAAGUUAUGAUGCCCAUAAAAGGCCCUGUCUAUGACAUCACUUCCUCUUUCUUUGAAGCGAAACAAUAAAUAACAACAAGAGACAUAAUCAUAUUACGUCAUUAGUUCAACAACAUAUUAGAAUAUCCAACUCCAUUAGUUCCGCGAUGCAGAGGUAUGGAAGGUGAAUCUUUGUCUCGAUGAGAAGACGUUCACGCUGCAAGAAAAAGAAAAAGGUGAAAGGUAUCUGGCGUGAUAACUUGUCCGCAUACAAUAAGCAUAAGCAUCUGAUAUACCAACGAACAUUAGAAUGUGAAACAUAUCAAUAUAUAUUUAUUCUAACGCAAUGAUAUUUAAGGAUCUAUAAACACAACAUAAUGCAAGGUUCAUGUCUAAUAUUCAGCCAAUACAAGACCCGCAAGGUACAGGUCUAAGUAGCAAACAUACAAACCAUACGUACUUACCUUCCUGAACAUAAAGGACAUAUUUUGUUCAACACGAGAAACAUGGGAGGGAUCAUAUAGGGUGGGAAAUAUUCGCCUCCUGUCAUUACUAAAAUUAAGAUUAUUAGUACACUAAAGCUAAUAUAAUCUUCAAUUUUACCACAUGACAGGAGGCUUCAUAUUUGCAUUUUUAAAGCUUUGAAUUGACCAAUGUGAAGGAAGCAUGAGAUGUUUGCCGAAAAUAGAAUGUUCUAAACGUACUCUCUCGCGCUCAGUCCGCGCAGCGUAUAAUGUCGGCUAGGGAAGCGUCGGCCGAAAAGGUUUGUGAGGCCGCCGCUCCCCUGACCGAGUGGGCUCCGAAACAAGGUUCGACGCUAAAGACAAAAACCAGCGGACCCAUCUGGCCAGUGUUGCGGUAGACACCGGUCCAUGAGGGUUCACGUAAGAAGUCAGAAGGUGAUCCGUCGAAUGAGUUCGAAGGGGGUAGAGAUAUUGGUGUACCCCAUUAGCGUUCUGACCACGCAUAGUGUGGCGUCUGACACAAAGCAUGGGUAUGACACUGAAGACAAAUCAGACUUAGUUCGUCUCGACAUGGUAAAGGUAACCCCGUCUGGUGUGAGAGAGAAACCAUCCAUAUCGCAAGCCCUAACGUCCGCCACCGUCUAAAUGAGGCGAGGCAUAAUAAGAGGGCUAGUUUGGCUGAAAGUUGCUUCAGUGACAAACAAGGAUUGUCCGGCCAUUCCCUAAGGAAUCUCAGCACCACAUCCACCUGCCAGAGGCGUGAAUAUUUGGGUGCAGGGAUCUCGACAAUUCGGCACCCCGCAGUAGUCGACAAACCAGUGUAUCUUGACCUACUGGUCUGCCCUGUACCGGAACGUGCGCCGCCGAUAUGGCAGAUCUGAUCACGUUGAGGGAUCGAUAUGACCGACCCAACGAGACCAGGUGUGACAGAUAGUUGAGGAUCAGUGGGACAGGUGCGGUAAAGGGAUCGGAAUCCCUUUCCACACACCAAUCACUCCAGGCCGACCAGGCAGAAAUAUAGCCUUUCCUGGUGCCGGGAGCCUAUGAGUCCCAUAGGAGGUCUUAGUUGAUGCAAUAGGUCGUGAACUGACCAGGAGCCCCUGAAGCCGUCCAGGCAACUAGUGCCAGUUGUCCUUCCAUGACAAGGGAGUGGGCUUCCCCUCGAGGUCCCGUCAGAAGUAGAGGGAAGGUAGGGAGUUGUAGAGGGUCUUUGCGAGACAUCUCCAGGCGAUCCGGGAAAUCACGGUUGGCCCUGCCCGAGGGGUGUCAUGAGCAGGAGCGAUAUCUUGUGGGUGUGUGUGUGUAUCGAAGCACCCUUGCUAUUGUGGAGAACGGCUGGGUCGCGUUUGCAGGGGUUCAUCCAUCGCCCUGUAUCCGAAGGAAGAGUCAAAGGUCGUUUUGCCAAUCCAAGUUUGUAUGUGAAGUAAUCACCACCGAAAUUCCAUCCUCACUUCCGCUGACAGUGGGAUCCAGUGGUCGUAUGAGUGACCGGUGCGUACGUAUCUCACCAUCAGUCGUAGUGGGCCAGGGAAUAACGCUUGUAUGGAGGAGGGGAAGAGGAGAGGAAUCCCACAAUCCGGCAGCUAUCCUUAUAGAGGCGCUCUUUGCCGUAGACAGACGCGGAACGUAG